CGCGGUGAAGAAGCGUCGGUCGCGGGCUGGAGGCAUUUUGUGUCCUGGAUAUCAGCAGCGAAAGAGAGAGAAAGAGAGCGAGAGCAAGAGAGAGACAGACAAGAUGGCGGCGGCGGCGGCCGAAUGAAGCGCCAGGCGGCGGCGGCGGCAGCCGGAUCCGCUCGAGCUUCUCCCUCCCUUCCCAGCCCUCAGGGCUGCCUUUCCUGAGAGGGCAAAGAGAGCGCUGACAGCCGCGGAAGCGUGUGGAGGGGGACGUCCGCUUCCUACAAAGGGGCCUGGUUGCGAACGGAGCCUCGGGGACCGGAGUCCUCCCUCCCCCCCGUCCUCCAUACACUUCCCCCCUCUUCUUCUUCCUCCCACCGACAGACCCCUCGAAAUCCUGGCUUUUUCGUAGCGAGAGCUCCUUGGGGAGAAACUCGGCAGUCGGGCGCUCGACGUGUGAACAAGCCCCCCCUCCUCCCCCCUCCCCGCUCGCGCUCUCCCUCGGUCGCCAUGGCGAGCAGCAGCGGCUCCAAGGCCGAGUUCAUCGUCGGGGGCAAAUACAAGCUGGUGCGGAAGAUCGGCUCGGGCUCCUUCGGGGACAUAUACUUGGCCAUCAAUAUCACCAACGGGGAGGUAAGGGCCGGCGGGCGCCCGGGCCUCUUCUCCCCCCCUCUCUCCCCCCGUCGCGUCAGAGAAGAGGGGUCGCUUCUCGCUCCUUCCCCCCCCCCCCCCGCCUGGCAGAGCAUCAACUCGGGGGAAAAGCGCCAGGAAAAGCUCCCCGGACUCUCUUGCCACAAAGUCUGGCCGCCCCCACUUCGCCCUUAUGUCGAGGGCCGUUUCUGACUUCUCCUUCGCCUUCUCUCCGCUUUAGUGGUUUAUAGAUAGUAGCGUCGGACUUUUUCCUCAUUUUUAUUUUGGAACUUAUUUUUUAGGUUCUUUUUUUUGGGGGGGGGGAAGGACACGAUCGUGACAAAUCAUAAUAAGCACCUUCACGGUGUAGGGUUUUGAUUUGUAUUUUUGUAAUAGGGUUUCUAUCCUGUCUUGGCAGUGAUGAGUCUGCAAUGCUUGGUUCAGUUUUGAAAAUGUUCUCCCCUCCCCCCGGACUCUUUUAAUCGUUAGCUUAGUAGUGUUUGUAGUACAUAAAACGCCAGGCUGCCUGGAUAGAUGGAUAAAGAGGCCAUUUGUAUUGUUUGGGGGGAUCCUUAUGUGAUCUGUAGAGAAACUGCACCUAAGCUCAUUUCGUGCAUUCACAAUUACCUUGUUCAAGAGGCAAUGAAGGCACCUUCAUCUAAGUGUUUAAACACUUUCCGGGAAUAAUGGAUUAGUGUUAGUAUCCCUAGGAUGGAUAUUUACAGAAGUCAGCACUGUGUGGAAUAUGUUUGCGGAGCUUGUCACUUACCAGGAUAUUCCUGUGGAAGGCUUUCCCAUGCCCUCAAAUAUGCUGUAGUGGAGAAAUGCAGUCCUCUUGCUCCAAUAGGAUCUCUGACCCAUAUUCCCUCUUCACUGCAGGAAGUAGCUGUGAAGUUGGAGUCUCAGAAGGCCAGACAUCCCCAGCUGCUAUAUGAAAGCAAACUAUACAAGAUUCUGCAAGGGGGAGUUGGCAUCCCUCACAUACGGUAAGAAUUAUGGCUCUUGGGAGAUAAAGUAGUCAUUAUCUCUUUUCCCCAAAGGAUGAGUGUAUUUUGUUUUUCACUGCUGGAGGAAGUGAUACAUAUAUGUUGCCUGAAAUAAGCCUUAUUAUGAGUGGUAGCAAGUUGCAUCUAGAAAAAGAUCUUGAAGGAUCCUUCUCUACCAGCUGCUUGUUUCCCGUCCCCAUCUCUGCACCAACAAAAUUAUCUAGUACUUGAGAAUAUGGCAGUAGUUGAAACAGGAGUACUGGUUACUCUGAGGAUUGGAAUAGAACAGUGGAAAUGGCUGCUUCCUUUUGUGUUUUUGUUCCAACAUGUCUUCCUCCUCUGCUCAGAAAAUGGCGGAUGUCAGUACUUAAACAUUCCCAAGAAGUGGAAUAUAUUUCUUUAAUUUCCCACCUUGCUCCCAUUCCCUUCUACCAUCAGUAUUGUAUCUUGAAAGAUUGGGGCUUCUGAGGACUGGGGAGGGGGAAGGAAGAGUGCAGAAAGUGGAAGCCCCUUACAGUUGCUGACGCAUAUGCAUCACUGAGCUCUUAAUUAUGCACUGCUGCUUAAAUCACCUUCCUUCCUUUUAUUCUCUUCUGAAAAUGGAAUUUCAUUGUGAGAUCUACUUGAGAGGUUCCCAGUCUUGUAAUGGAUGAAACUAGUAGCUAGUGGGAGAGUAAAUAAAGUAGCAGCUCAGUCUGCUUUUCUAUUGUGAAACUCAUAAAAAGCACUUAAAAAAAACUUUAUACAAAGGAAAAGAUUCUGAGUCAAGACUCUUAGCAGCUCUUUGCUAGUGCUCUAAAACAUCAGGCAGUACUGUUAAAUACCUUGUAUAUCUGAAAAUAAUAAUUUGAUUGGGUUUUGCUUACGAAUAGUGUUAGUAAUAAGUUUGGCAAGUGGAGAGACUACAGUAAAUGGAUUCAAUUUAGGAUGGUUAUUCUACUUACCUUUUUUGAAAUGGUUGGACAUUCUGAACUCUUACAUUUCACUUCUGUAUGUUGUACUGUGACUUCUGGCAUUUGUACCUCAUAAUCAAAGUGAACCAUGUGUAAGCAGAAAAUAAACUUAGUAAAGGCACUUCUUGUAGAUAUUCCAAUUCAAUUCUCUAAGUAGUUAAAAACUGGGUUGCAAUUGUAAACCAGUAAGAAAUGUUGAUGUCUUAGUCAUAAGAGGCUUCUGCUGCUGGAAGUUUGUGAACUACAUAAACUACAAUGCCAUGUUGUAACCUACAUAAGUCCUUUACUGAAUGGAUACAGAAUUAUUCAAUGACAUACUUGUAUGAAGCAACUACCCCCCGGAUUUAAUUACAUUGUGCAACUGUAGGAAUAAAGCUGCAUUUAUUACGUAAUAGAUUUGGCAGUUCUGCGUUCUGUUGAUGGAGUUUUCACUUUUGAUAAGAUUCUAUUCAGGCCUGUGCUUAGAUGCAGAGCAUAAUAUUAUUUAAAUUUUUUCUGCUAAGGUUGAAAAUUGGAUGAUCUUGCUUUGAAAGCCAGUAUUUUGUUAUGAAGAACUGUAGAUGUCAUUUAAAAAUCACUGGAUUGUAUGAAGUUACAUGUUGUUUAGUGAGGCUAUUUUUUAGUUUAAAUUGAUUAAAUUUUACUUUUUGCUUUAUUAAACCUGGCAGUUGUUUUUAAAUAAUAAAACAUUAAUGGAAGUAUAUUUUUAGGAAAUGCAGAAUAUACUUUAGCCACCCAGUUCUGUAAAUGUAUAUAAUGAAGUAAUUGGUGACUUCUUUCAGUAAAGGAAAUUGAUUUGGUUGAGUGAUGAUAAAUUAUUAUGAGGAUAUGGAAUGUUUGCCGAGGCAACUGUUCUUUCAUCUCAGAAGUAAUCAUUGAAGUUUUUGUUGUCUUCUUUGUUUGCAUGUUGCUAGCUACACAUGCUGGUUGUGUUUUCACAUUGUAAGCUAUAAACUAUGGCUACCUGUGCACAAGCCAAUUGUGCCUAAUUUUCUCCAUUGUGCUUGUGUUGGGUGGAAGCAAACUAUGAUCCCCUGCUUAGUGUUACAUCUGAAUCAUGGAUUGUGAUUCAUUGGCACCAAGCAAACUGCAAUGAUAGGUCAAGGAAUGUUCUUUGUUUACUGUGAUUUGUUGGAUUACCAUCAGUGUUAAAAACUCAGAUAUGGCUAGGCACCAAAUGGCUCCUUAAACCAGGGUAACAGUUUCCAAAACAGAAUGCCUAGUUGCAGUUUUGGGGCUAGAUGCCUCAAAAGUCGUAUUUUUCAAUACAGCUAUUUGGUUCCUGAAAUUCAUUAUGAUUGUGCAGAUAAAAUACAAUAUAAUUCUGCUGGAUGUGUUGCUAGUGUAUGAAAAUAGUCAAGCUCCAAGGAUCCCGAGGCUUGCAUCCCCAGUUGGUCAGGUGUCAUCCUGGUGCCUGGGCAUCUUCAUUUGGCUGCAAAUGGCCGAUAACCAGGUGCAAAGUGCUCCUGGCAAAUUUCAAACAUUGAUUACCAUGGCAUGCACUUGUGAUCAUUGCAUAAUUCAGGGCUUGCUAAUCUGUGACUCUCCAGAUGUUGCUGGCCAUCAUCCCUGACCAUUGGCUAUGGUGGGUAAUGAAAGUUGGAGCCUGACAACAAAUGAAAAGGAACAGGUUAUCCACCCCAUGUGUAGCUAAUGGCUGAAGAUGGUUCAAACUAUGGUUAAAGGAAGACUGUAAUUUUGCAUACUGUCUGAAUUGACAAAAGCAUGAUUUCAGUCAGUUGGCAGACCAGCAGGCCAAAUGGCCAGUGCUAAUGGAUGUGAUGUGAUGUCUAAAUUGACAGUUACUGUUGCUCUGCCUCCAGAGGCUGCUGCACUGUGAAUAUGAAGUUAAAACUAUAGCUGCAUGAUUCGGAGAGAUUAGAAAAUGAAAUCAAACUGGAUGGUGAAGGUUAAUGGAGUUGGGUAUGUUUAGUCUGGAAAAGAGACAAUUAAGAGGCAAUAUGGUAUCUCUUCAAAUACUUCCAAGGGCUGUCACAUGAUUGGAUUGAGCCUGUUUCCUGUUGCUUCAGAUAGUAGGACCCGAACCAAAGGGUUUGAAUUACAGUGGUGCCUUGCAAGACGAAAGUAAUUCGUUCUGCGAGUUUUUUCGUCUUGCGAAUUUUUCGUCUUGCGAAGCAUGGUUUUAACGGUAUUAACAGUUUUAAGAAAAAGGAAACAAACUCGCAAGACGUUUUCGUCUUGCGAAGCAAGCCCAUAGGGAAAUUCGUCUUGCGAAGCAACUCAAAAAACGAAAAACUCUUUCGUCUUGCGAGUUUUUCGUCUUGCGAGGCAUUCGUCUUGCGAGGUACCACUGUACAUGAAAGGUGAUUUCAGCUAAACAUUAGGAAUAACUGCAUGUGCAACUAGAUGUUCAGAUCAUGGUUUGAGUUCUGCACCUGUGGUUAGCACAGUUUGACAGUGGAACAGGCUGCUCUGGAAAGUGGUGGGCUCCUUCCACAGGCUGUACUACAUGGAAUGCUAUAGUAUUCAUCAGCUAGGGUUGAACCAGAUGGCCUUUAAAAACAUUGAAGUACAUCACCUGGAUGAAUGAAUUUGUGAUUGAUUGAUUGAUUUAUUUAUUUAUUUAUACCUCCAUUGAUUUGGUUGGCAUUAUGGCUCUGCUUUGUAAUUUCUGGUUUAUUUUAUUGAUUAUCUAUCCAAAACACUUUUACUCCGUUCUUUAGCCAAAAGUUCCCAGAGUGACUUAGAAGAUCAGUAAUAAGACAGCUCCGUUCCUCACAUGUAAAAUACAUGAAGCACAAGAAAGCAUAUGCACUCUUAGUUUAUUCUUGCAGCAAAUAGUUCGUGUUGGAGAAACUGAACAGGUUUUCCAGUAUGUUUUUUGUUAUAUUAUUUUUGCAAAUGAUUAAUUGGUUUGACGAAUGAUAGCUUGGAUUAAAAUUUAGUUGCACUUUGUUUCCAGUGAAAUAACUGCGACUUAAGUCUUAACUAACAUUUCAUAGUUUUCAGUAGGACCCUAAUGCAACUAGCUUAGACUGGUUUCAACCCAAUAUAACGCAACACAAUUUCACAAAUACCAAUACUUGAUAUCUGAAAGAUGGCCUCAUGUCCAAAAUUAACAGUCUUUAUCAGUGACCGUAUUGUAUGUGCCACCACAAAGGGAGGCUAGGUUGAUGGAUACCCAGGACAGGGUCUUUUCUGUACCAGCACCCAAUUGUGAAACUUGCCUUCCUUGGAGGUCAGGUUGGCACCAUCUUUUCCUAACUUUAGGCAAACCCUAAAUACUGUUUUGCUUUGUCUGGCUUUUGAUGGAUUUUAAAUUCAACUCUGUAGUUUUGUGGUGUUAAGUUUUAUUUAGUUUUAACUGAUGUCUUUAUACUGUUUUUACAAAUUAUAGCUACUUGUGGGCAGAAAAGGUAUUCAUAAAUACUUAAAAAUUUUUAAAAAGUCUAAAUCAUAGUCUAGUAAAAUCUUGUCAAACAAGAGACUUGUCUUUGCAUCCCCCGUCAUGUGUUUAUGUAACAUAAGAGAGUGCCUGUAGAGAACUAAUAUCAGAAUGAAAAUCAUGUUAGUUUGAUUAUAGACACUAAACUUUGCUAUUAGAAACUUUUGUCUCUCCUAAAAGCAAACUGAGCUGGUUAAUAUUGAUAGGACUUCAGCAAAAGCAGGGCCCAUGAUAACCAAGAGGGGAGGUAUCAGUAUGAUCAGAGAAGCCACAGGGUUUGCAGAUAUACAAACAAUCCGUAAGGAAUACGAGAGGGACAGUCCACACACAUAUCAACAGGGCAGUGACGGCUAAGCAUGCUCACUGGCCACAGAGCAUCUUUGGGAGGCAAUUGGAGGGGAAUAUAGUGGAAGAGGGUAUAUCUGGCUGUAACCCUGAACAGGAACACUCCAUACAGCAACACUCCUUUUGCAGGUCCCCCUUGUUCUGUCCUUAGGAGCAUCAGGGCAGUUUCUUUCUACAUACAGACUUGUUACAGGCCCUGGUCAAAAAGGCUGCACAACAUGCUUUGUAUGUAUGAAAGGAUUUCUGAAAUGACCCCACCCCAUCCAUUUCUGAAACCUGCUCCUAGCACUGUUUGAUAAGUUGCUUUGGAAACUCUAGGAACUGACUUCCGCAUAACAUAAGGAUUUGCAUUUUAGGGAUUUUGUGUGUGUGUUUAAGCUUACCUUUGAAUAUUGGGCCCUGUUCUAUGGUUAUCCUAUUUGCUACCACUUCAUCAUAAGAAACAAAACUACAGUGGUACCUCUGGUUGCGGACACGAUCUGUUCCGGGGUGCCGUUUUCACGCCGAAAAGUCUGUAACCAGAGUGGGGCUUCUGUGCAUGUGUGAAGCGCUAUAGAGCGCUUCUGCACGUGCGUGUGCGCACACGCGCACGGUAAAACCCAGAAGUAAACACUUCCGGGUUUGCCAUGUUCUUAACCCAAAAAAAGCAACAUGAUGCGUUUGCAAGAAGAGGUAUAACUGUACAGAACUCUUUCAAACUGACCAGAGGGAAGGCAUUAAACGGACAAUUUUGAAAAGGUGGAGUCAUGGCAUCUAACUUUUGAUUGGUUUGGGUUAAGAUGCAUUUUCAUUACAAAAACUAACUGUGUACCUUUGCUUAUGGCUGUUGAAUGAAGGCUAUCAAAUAUUGUCUUUUCUCUUAAAAUAGGUUUGUAAAAAAAACAAAAACAUGGUGGGAUUGGUUCUAAAUCUCAUAUGUCCAUAUAAUUUUGGAAAAUUGUCAUAAGGACAACUUGAAUGAAAUGUUUCAAAUUCAUUGACCGUGAACUAGUUCUUAAACAUUUCUUAAGUGCCAGUGGCAGUUUUUUAGGUGGCUUGAGGACUAGGUGCCAUUGUUAGAAACUCAGAUAUAUAAGCUAGGUGCCAAGUGGCACCUUAAAUCUAGGUUACUGUCAUCACAACUGAAUGUCUUUUCAUCAGGGGGUUGGACUAGAUGACCCUGGUGGCGCUGUGGUGUAAACCACUGAGUCUCUUGGGCUUGCCGAUCAUAAGGUCGGUGGUUCAAAUCCUUGUGAUGGGGUGAGCUCCUGCUUCUUUGUUUCAGCUCCUGCCAACCUAGCAGUUCGAAAGCAUACCAGUGCGAGUAGAUAAAUAGGUACUGCUGCAGUGGGAAGAUAAGCAGCGUUUCCAUGCGCUCUGGCACUCGUCACAGUGUUCCGUGCUCCAAAAGUAGUUUAGUCAUGCUGGCCACAUGACCUGGAAAAGUUGUCCAUGGACAAAUGCCAGCUCCCUCGGCCUGAAAGCGGAGAUGAGCGCCGGACCUCAUAGUCGAAUUCAACUGGACUUAACUGUCCAGGCGUCCUUUACUUUGCCUUUACUAGAUGAACUUUGGGGUCCCUUCCAGGACAAUUCUAUGAUCUCAACUACAUUGCUUGACUGUAGCUUGUUCUUACAACAAUUCACUUGUCCCAUUAUGCAAGAAGGAGAAACGCGCAAACUGAAAAUGGAAGUGGUAUUAACUAUGGACUAAGGCAGAGGUUUUUAAACUCUGGUCACCAACCUGGCACCCAGAAAUCUCCAUGUAGUCGCAACACCACUACCAAAAUGUACCUGGCUAAUUUCAAACACUGCUAGGUGCCCCAGGUUUUUCUGUUCCUAGUCAUACAAAUGUGAAAUACAAAGGAAUGCAUAAAUUGAGGGGUCAAAAGUGUAUCAUCUCCAUUUGCAGAAGUGAAUAAUUGGCUCCAGGAAUAAUUGAAUCAUAGAAUUGGAAGGGACCCUGAGGAUCAUCUGGUCCAGCCCUUCAGUGCAGGAAUAUGCAGCUGUCCCAUAUGGGGAUUGAGCCCACAACUGUGGUGUUAUCAGCACUCUAAAAAACUGAGCUAGUGCCUUGUUUAGGGGAAGGGGAUAUAUUGCCCAAACAGCCCAGGUGAUGGAGACAGAGCAUUUCUGGUGUUAAAACCUGGAAUAUGAAAGCUAGGAGCUAAAUGGUACCUUAAACAUAGAUUAUGGGCUCAACAACGGAAUGUCUAGGUGCGCUAUUUAAUAACAAGAAUACAAAGCUGAAAAUGAAUUAACUGCAGCUAAAAUAUUAUGUUCACUUUUCACAUGGUCUAGUCUUUCCCCUGCCCACCCCCCAAUAUUUUUAAGAGGGUCUCUUCUCCAGAGAGAGUAGCUGGAAGUGGGGAGGCAGCAAAAGUUCCUCCUUUCCUUCCACUAUGCAGUUUUAAUCUGAAAUCUUAGGUGCAGUACUGCGCCCAGAGCUCAGAAACGGCUCAUGCUAAUGAAAUUCCCUGUUGCAAAAUGUGCCUAGAACAAUGGGAGUUUUGAACACUGUGCAUUUUUGCUAUUCCAGAUUCACCUUAGCAGAGAAGCGUGCUUGCAAAUUAAUCAUGUUUAACUUCCUUGAGUUACCCUUUUUAAAAAGAAGAAGACUAUUUUGUUAAAUAUAUGAUGAGCCAGUGUGGUGUAGUGGUUAAGAACAGUGGACUUGUAAUCUGGUGAACUGGGUUCGAUUCCCCACUCCUCCACAUGCAGUUGCUGGGUGACCUUGGGCUAGUCACACUUCUCUGAAGUCUCUCAGCCUCACUCACCUCACAGAAGGGAAAGGAGAUUGUUAGCCACUUUGAGACUCCUUAGGGUAGUGAUAAAGCGGGAUAUCAAAUCCAAACUCCUCUUCUUCUCUAUCAUGAAUUUCAGGAGUAGAUACAUAGGGUUACAUAGGUAAUAUAGGUCUUGGUUCCAGGUGCUGAUCAGACCUAAGCCUGCUUUCUUUGGCAAAGCAUUAACUUAGCUUCUGAAGGUUUCACCAAGUGUUCACACUAUGCCCUCUCAUCCCCGGACUUAGACUUGUAUCCAAAGUAGUGCUAAGUCAGUCAUUCCGUUAGUGGAAGGAUUUCUGUUUUCACAGUGGAACUUUCCCCCUCUCAUCCCCCCCCCCCCAAAUUUGUUCUGGAGUUUCCCCCAGGGUGUGUGUGCAGGAGGGGGAAGUUCUGUUGUGUAAGGCUAAAUCCUUUGUUAACAGAAUGAGAGCAGCUGCUCAGUGUGUUGGAGGGAGAAAAGGUUGGAAAUGCAUUGCCUUUUACCACUCCUUCCUUCCAAGUUAAACUAUGGGCUAAAGAGCCAUGAUUAAUAUUGUUGCUCUGAAUUUCGGUCAGUUCUCCAUUUGAUGGAAUGUAUAGGGAAGUUUCAUGUGAACUAGUCUGUAGAUGCAUUGAGACAGUAGCCUGCUCUGGUUUAUUACUGUGUUUUUUCCAACAGUGUCAAUGACUGAUAUCUUAUUGUGCAUGCAUUCUGACCCACAAUUGCCUCUUGCUAGAUGACUAGUUGCAAGGCAGAAUUUAGCAAAAUGAGGUAUGGCUUUACUAGCUUGCAUUGCUGAAAUAUGUGGUUUAAUUGUGCAACUACCUUCAAAGGAUAGUUGUCACACCUUGGAGUUUGGGUGCGUUUUGUGUUUGACUUCUAACUUAUCCUGUCUAGACUUUGUGUUAUGUUAAAAGUAUAAGAAAAAGUGCUUGAAGUAGUAAAGAGACCCCUGACCAUUAGGUCCAGUCAUGGCUGACUCUGGGGUUGCGGUGCUCAUCUCGCUUUAUUGGCUGAGGGAGCCGGUGUACAGCUUCCAGGUCAUGUGGCCAGCAUGACUAAGCCGCUUCUGGCAAACCAGAGCAGCACAUGGAAACACUGUUUACCUUCCUGCCGGAGCGGUACCUAUUUAUCUACUUGCACUUUGACGUGCUUUCCAACUGCUAGGUUGGCAGGAGCAGGGAUUGAGCAACGGGAGCUCACUCUGUCAUGGGGAUUCGAACUGCCGACCUUCUGAUCAGCAAGUCCUAAGCUCUGUGGUUUAACCCACAGCACCACCCACAUACCACAAAUGUAAAUGUUUAAGAUGUUUUAAACAUUGCCUUGAAUCCUGAGUUGAUCUUCUAUGCCCACUGACUUCAUUUAGUCCUUACUGGGCUGCUCUGGGACAGCCCACCCCAUUGUAGUUUUUUGUUUGUGGAAAGAUUGACUCAUGCCCAAUCCUAGAACUGAUUUAUCAAUUGAUGUCUACAGACAGCUCUCAAUUCCAUCUCUUGAGACACUUAAAUAGUUUAUUCUUGUUAACCUGGAAGUGACCUACCCAGAGAAUGUGAUGGUUCAUCUAACCUUUGUAUACUUUAGUGCAGGGGUCAGCAACCUUUUUCAGCCAUGGGCCGGUCCACCGUCCUCAGACCAUGUGGUGGGCCGGACUAUAUUUUGAAAAAAAUAUAUGAACAAAUUCCUGUGCCCCAUAAAUAACCCAGAGAUCAAUUUAAAUAAAAGCACACAUUCUACUCAUGUGAAAACACGCUGAUUCCUGGACCAUCCGCAGGCCAGACUGAGAAUGCGCUUGGGCCGAAUCCGGCCCCCGGGCCUUAGGUUGCCUACCCCUGCUUUAGUGUCUCUACCUCUCACCUUUCUUUUCAGUCACUCCAUUUCCCCCUCCCACCCAAUUGUCUGUUCUCCCCUCCCCCAAUUCUGUCUCAACAUCUUGUGCCAUAGUGGUCUUAUGCAGUUGUGGGAGGGGGAGUUUCUCCUCUUAAGGUUUUUUCUUGAAGAGUUUCUGAGCAUCUGUAAAUUUUAGACCAAUAUCUAUCUAUAGCAUCUGAAGAAGUGUGCAUGCACGCGAAAGCUCAUACCAAGAACAAAUUUGGUCUCUAGGGUGCUACUGGACUUUAAAAAACAAAAUUAUAUAUAUAUAUUUCUGUAGUAUACGUAAUAUGUUAAUACCUCAUGCAAUUUUGCAUGAUACUGAGUACGUAUAGAAAGUUUUGAAUCAUUGCUAGAAGGAAUUAAUAGUAAUACCUGUAUGAAUCCCAAAGGUAAUUUCCCCCUCUGCUUCUCUAGAUACAUGAGCAUCUAAGGAGCAUCUAGGGUUGAGUGUCUUCAUUCCCACAAGACAAAGAGCCUCUUGGUUCCUCAAGUGCCAGCUGCUUGUGAAGGCUAACUUAAAAGUCAGUUGACUGGCUGUAUCUUGCCAGUUUUCAAACAUGCAGCCUUCACUUGCAUAUUUUCCUUCAACUGACCUUAGUAUAUGUUGUCUUCUGCUGGUGCCAAUAAUUUUAUUAUGCCCAUCUUGAUUUGUUGCUCUUUCUGUCUGUAGAGGGCAAGUUGAGAUAGUGAUUUCAGAAAUGUUGACCUUGCUUUUAUUUUUUACCCAUUCAUAGUCUACAUUGGUGUGCCUCCCUGCGUUCAGACACUAUUUUACUCUUUCAUAGAAUUCAGCAUUGCAUUUCAGAUUGGUAUUGUAUUGUGGUCUUUGCUGUGGUGUGUUCCCAGCUGUGUGCAAUUUACGCUCUCCAAGUAGUUAGACUCCUCAGUUUUAAAAAAGAAAUGAUUGAAACUAUUUUGUACACAGAUUUUUAGACUAUCAAUUGUCUGUUCCCAUUUCUAAGUGACUCUACAGUGUGACCUUUCUGGUAUACCAAAUGUUGCUGUCAUGGUAGUUUCUCAAUUCUAGAGAGUGUUGGAGAAAGAUAAAAUGCCUGAAUAUUGUUACAUAUGCAUCUAGGGCGCUUCCUGAAAGUGAUUUCACUGUGCAUAUGUUGUUGCUUUCUGCAGCAGUUGAAAGGAUCAGUGUUUUGAUUUGGUUAAACCAAAACCACUAGAUGCAAUCUAACUACAUUUCCAUGAUAAUUCUAGAUUUUAGAGGGUCCUUAAGGAGAGAUGCUCACAGUGGGUCCUCCUUACUCCUAUUGUUGAUGCCCAUUCACUUGCUUCUCUGGGCUUAGUCAGCACCAUUUUCCAGAGGGGUGUGUGGGAGAGAGAGGUCAAGGUGUGCAAAGCUACUGCUCCUUUUCAUUGUCUCAUUGCUGGGUUUAACCUUUAAAAUCAGUUUAGGGGUCCCUUAUCUAAAGGACUGCCUUCACCUAAACAAUCAUUCUUGUUUAAGAUCAACUGUGGAGACCUCUGUGACUGCCCAGACAUUAAGAUGGUAGGCACAAGGGAUAAAGCCUUCUUGAUUGUGGCCCUGCAGUUAGCAGAGCUGCCUAUGAAUGGGAAAGGGAGCUUUCAGUACAGGCCUUCAAACACACCUUGAGGAUUUAUUUCAUCCAGUCUGGCUUUUUAACAAUGUUUUUAAUGCCACUGAGACCUUAUAGUUAAGAAUCUGUAUUCUUUUACAUAUCUUAGUUCACCUUGACUUUUUUUGCUGCCUUAUGAGGUCUGUGCUCCCAAAGCCAGCAUAUAAAUCCUUAUGGUCUAGCUUCUGCUGUGCUAGUGAGGAGGAGGAGGAGGAACAGGGCCAGGAGACUCCAGGGAUUGGCAAAUUACCCAGCAAUGCUGAUCCUUGACUGCAUUAUGUGGCAUCGUGUGUGCUUUGUAAACCAUAACCAACUGUCAGAUUUUAAAAUGUUGUACAGAAAAAUACAUCUACAAAAGUGGGAUUCAUUAAAUAUUAAGAAAACAAUAUUCAGAAAACAAGUAUUUUCUGAAACAAGCUAUGAACAUUAUGUUUGGUUACAUUCAAUCUAUCCUAACCAUUUCUGCUUCUUUAUAGGUGGUAUGGUCAAGAGAAAGAUUAUAAUGUUCUAGUCAUGGAUCUUCUUGGACCCAGCCUUGAGGAUCUCUUCAACUUUUGUUCUCGAAGGUUCACAAUGAAAACAGUACUUAUGUUAGCAGACCAGGUAUGUAAAUCUGCAAACAUUACACAAUGGCUAUUACAGUGCCUUAAAAUGCUGUUCUUUUCAUUCUUUCAAGUAGGUCAGACUGUAUGACUUAUUACAUGUACUCGAAUGAAUAUAGAAACAAAAAUGAUAGAAAGAAAAAGGAAUAGUGAUAGUAGCAGAUUAUUUAAUGUAUAUAACACAAUAUUAGAAUUCUAGAAACUGUUUAAUGGAGCCAUGCAAGCAACUAUAUUGAGAGUUUUGCCUCAUAUCUUUACUUGCAGUCUUCAUAUUAAUUGCAUAAGACUGAAGUUAUGCAUGCAUCUUUGGCUAGGAAGAUCAUCCAAAAUACUGCAGUAGUUCACAUUUCUCAGGCCAAGAGCCUAUUGUAGCUAUAUUUCUCAAUUAAUUCAGGGUAAACAGAAGCUGAAUGAAAUAGGAAAUAGUAAAGCCAACAUUCACAGAAGGCUUCAAUAAGAUCCAUUAGAAUCAACAGAUCUGCAGCAUGGGCAUAUAAUGCAGAGAUUUGCAAAGGCAUAGAUUCUUACAUUUAGAAUAAAAUGGCUAUUGGAUAGCAAUUUGUUUCAUGAAUAGCUUGAACUGAGUCAUCUGGAGGGCUAGUGAGCACUAGCCAUUUAAUAUCAGAACUAACACAAGAAACACUCAAAUACUCCAGAGUUGACAUUUUAACAGUGUCAUUUGUUCAAUAACUGCUUGGAAGAAGUAGUUUGCAACAUACAAUGGGAGAAGUAGUUUGGAUCCAUAGUAGCUUCAUCCCUGUUGAACAGAGCAAGUGAAGUAUUCCACUGCUAAAGUUAAGUGUUCUUAUCGAUUACUCCUAUUCAGGAAAUAUGGACAUACUGGGUGUAGUAGACAGGUGCUCAUUUGUAUGGAGACAUGCUUUACAAGUAUUACUGUGAUUCUAAAUCUGUUAUUUUAGUAUACAUUUAAAUUGCAUGAUUAAAUAAAAUGUCUGUUGUUUUUCUUCUAAGUCAUCAGCAUGAAUGCCAUCCAUACAUGACAAAGCCUUUUAAACCUUUUUAGACUGUUAGGAAGAAACUCCGUAUCCAAUCUCUGUAGAGUGGAUGAGUCAGCAGGGGGUUUUGUUUGUUUGUUUGUUGUUUUACACUAGCUAACAUUCAAAAGCAUUACUAAACUAGUAGUCUUACUGUCUGGUUUGAUUUGUAUGUUGUAGGUCAGGAUAACUAACCAUCCCUCUCGAAGCCCAUGGGCCUGCUCUUGUUACCCAAGCAGUUUUUUUCUGGACCCUCCAACAAUUAUGGCAGCAGAAAAAGAAAACAAAGUGCUGGGAUAGUUGGAAAAGUUUCAACCCCUCUGCACACCCCAGUACCUUGAUGGCAGUGCAUUUUACAUUUCCCCCAAUCAUUUGAUGAACAGGAAGAGGCAAUAACACUCCCCCACCCCCCACCCCCACAAAUCUCAUCUGAUUUGCAUGGAUUAGCUGAGGACAAACCAUGUGGGGUGUGUGUUUGUGUACACAAGAGGGUGAGAGUGGGUGUGGUGUGGUGUGGUCGCACCAACUCUUGGCUACCAACAUGCAGUCUUUGGGUUCAUAAAGAUUAGCAACAAUGCAGGUAGUAGCCAAAACAUGCUUAGAUUCAUGCCUAAGAUAUUGUUGCUUGAAAAGCUCUGUAAUCUUGGUCAUUUUUCUUUUGUUCACAGAUGAUCAGUAGAAUUGAAUAUGUGCAUACAAAGAAUUUUAUACACAGAGACAUUAAACCAGAUAACUUCCUAAUGGGUAUCGGGCGUCACUGUAAUAAGGUUAGUCUAAUACUUUUUUGCAUGAAAGAAUGGAGGAUGCUGAAAUGGCAGUUCAUGGAAAUGCUGUGCAGCUUGAAUUAAUUGCUUGUCAUUGCUAAACAUGUCAAUUAUUUGCUGACAUCUGUCAAUUAUUUGGCAACAGAUAGGAAUUUCAAUCAUAGUGCUAAAUGCAGAAGUGAGCUAUGGCCCCAACCUUUGGCCAUAUUUUAAUUAUGGAAUUUAAGGAUAUAAAUCAAUAUGUUGUCUAAUGGACUUAUAAUUGAGUAUGCAAGUUCACUCUGUUCAGUGAUACUGUUGAUCAUUCAGAACCCAUGAGUUGCAAUAGCACCGCUUACCAUAAACUGCGAUUUCUUUUUCUCAAUUGCAUUUAGGCCAGCAUGGUGAAGCCUUUACUACCAGCUACCUAGAUAUUAAAAUUGGCUGUAACCAAUCUAUAGAGAAACCAUUGACUUCUAAUAGUAACACAAGCCUGUUGACUUAACUGCUUCCUUUGCUUUCACAAACCUGUGAAAGUUCAAAGUGCAGUUAGUGUAGAUAUAGAAUAACAGUCACAGACUUAAAGUACUGUAACUUUUUUUUUUUACUAGAAGGGGAUGAUUUAUUAAUUUAGCUGGAGAUGCAUGUCUUUGUUGGAUUUUUUUCUUGACUAGACUGUGGGAUUAAAAUUCAUUAAACUACAUUGAGCUUGGACAGACAGGCAGCAUUGGCAGUGCAUUAAGCAUGCUGUUGGAUAGAAAUUCUUAAGUGCAGGACAAAUGUAUGUGAUUGAUUAUUUUAUUGGGAGCAAGAUACCCACCUGGUUCUUCAUAGGCCUUCAGUGUUGACUCUUCAGAUACUACUAGCUAUAAAAUGUUACCUUUGUUUGCCUGUAUGGAUGCCAACUUGGGACCAUUACUUUAGAACCAAAAAACAAAACAACCACCGUCACUAUUGAAUUCUGUUUUAAAGGAGUUACAGUACACCAGUUAGGAACAUUGGGGAGGUGGGGUGAGAAAAAACAGCAGCACUCAAAAAUAAGGUAAAAUGCCUUCCUGUAAUCCUAUUCCUGUUAAAUUUCAUCUAUCUCUAAAUUUUGCACUCUUAACAUUCUGUUUCCCUAAUGCAAUCCAAUUCUUUAACUUUCUGGCAAGAACUGGAAAUAUAGCAAGAACAAUUAAACCAGUUAAUGCAAUUUUUCUUCUUUUGAGUCCCUUUCUUCACACUCUUGACAGUUGUAGUGGGCUGGCAUUGUAGCUCCUUGAUUUUCUUUUGAAGUGAAAGAAUAGCCGGGAAAAUGCUGUUGUGCUUUUAUUAGGUGAGUUUCUUAGGAUCAUAUUGGAAGAUGUAAACCGCAUCCCGUUUCUCAUUCCCAGGAAGGCACUUGGAGUCUGUACCAAAUACUUAAAUGGAAAGCAGAUGCCCACUAUUUAACAUUUCAAAUAAUGCUGGACAUAGGAGUCUAAAUCCCUUGGUUUAAUCUAAGCAGAAUUUAAAUAAAAUUUUGCUUUAGGUCUGUGUAAAUAGCAGCGCUCUCUCUCUCUCUUUCUGUCUUUUGAAAUUUGGUUUUAGAUAUAGUAUGCAGUUUUCUUCUUGUAGCAAAAAUGGAGGUAAACAUUUUGUAUCUUUCAUGAAUUCUUUCAAAACACACCAGUUGCAGUAGGAUAGCUUGUUAUGGUAAUCUUGUUCCAGUAGAUUUUUUUCAAUAUAAAUGAAUUUAAAAUGUAGUGAUUAAAAUUGGAAUGCUGCAUUUCUCAAAUUUGUUCUUAAUUACAUAUUUAGGCGUGAUUUCACUUCUAGCAUAAGAUCAUCUCUGAGCUGUGCUAGAAUAAGCCCUGCAUGCUUAUGAUAGUGAAUUUAAGGUGACUAAAUGCCUUCUACCUCUUCCUUACUGAAGAUUUACUUCCUACAUGUCAUUUGGGAGAAGGGCAGUUUGUGGAGUCAAAGGAUACUUUUGUACAUGAUAUCCAAAUUUUCUUCUUAUAAAAGCCAAAUGUUGCCAUUGCUAUCCCUUAUUCAAGGCAGUGUCAUUUUGAAGUGGCUCAUGCUCAAAAUUUAUCUUGCCACAUCUAAAUUUUUCCUUAUAACAUUAUCUCUUCUGGAAAACUAUAGUGCUUGGUGGAAGAAGGAUGGCAUUUGGCUACCCUAUUCUUUCUCUAACGCCUCGGUGUUGCCUGUCUGCGCCAGCCAUUGUUGCAAUGUAAGCAAUACUGUUUGAUGCACUGCCACCCUCUAUUGUUUGUUCAGUGUUUAGAAUCUCCAGUGGGGAAGAGGAAAAGAAGCAUGACUGUUAGUACUUCUCAGGACCCAUCUUUCUCAGGAUUAAACCAGGUCUGAAACUGUCUCCUAUUCCAACCUCAAUCCCAAACUCAUAUGCUUUUUUGUUUUGUUUCGGAAAACAUGUAGACUUGCAAAAAGCACCUUUUGUUGGCAUAUUAUUCAGACAUACUUGGCAAACAUGUAACAUUACUAAAACGUUUUCCUUGUGGCGCUUGUUUAAACUAUAAGGUUCUUAUGCUGUCUGUUAAAAUGUGAACAAAGUUAAGUAUCACUUAACUACUCUAAUGUUCUUGUUCUUGAGAAAUAGCCCUGUGUUCAAAAAUGCAGCAGCAAGGAGGAUGUGCUGUGAGGGAAUUGCAUAUGCCUGCUUAAAUGUACAUGGUCUGUAUCUGGAUGUAGGAGGCCUCUUAUCCCGUUCAUUGACAGCAUGAUGUUUGUUUGAAAAAAAUGAAUUUCGGGUCUGGAAACAUUCAAGACAAACUCUACUUCUUCCUUGUGUAUUAGUAGCUCUGAUGGUUUAUUCAAAUGUAGAAUAAGGGACAAGGAUCAUCUUGUUGCCAGUGGUACAUUUAAACAGAAUUAUUUGAUCAUAGAUCACUGGUAGUUUUGUAUUUUUUAAAGCUUUGCUAUAUCCCAGAAAAUGGGCACAAGGUGUCUUAAGCAGCUUUUUCAUUUGCUUUUUAAGGCUGAACCUUAUUCCACUUCUUUAGAGACCUAAGUUUUGAAAAUGCAGUAAGUAAAAUGGAUUAUCUUUUGAUUAUGCCUCUUCUUGGGCUAGCAUUAACAUCUACUUCAAAUGGAUGUUACUUAGUUUCCAAAGCUACACUGUAAGCCCUGGGUGUUGUGCAAUUUAAGAGUUUUAACUUCUUAGCUUGCUCUAAAAUUACUUUAGUUGUUGAAAAGGGAAGGAGGAGUUGGGCCUUAAGUAUGGUGCUACUCAUGAAUAUUACUACUUACGACUAGUGAUGCUUUUGUGUCAGGAAGCUGGUGCUGGACAGGAAAAUUUAGCUCUGGUGGGAACUUUUAUUCCAGUGCAGAUGUCGGUCCCUGGUCUGGACUGGGACCAGAGAAGUAGACAAAGUUGAUUCUAAUUAGGACCCCCUGGCCUGCUACUUCCUCUACAAAAUAUAAAACAAUAAAAACCUACACCAUUCAUUCAAUUACUAAUUGCCAUGUCUAAUUUGGCCCAUAGUACUCCACUUGCAACUGAAGCAGCUUGGCUUCCAGAGCCUUAUUCCUUGCCUGGUAACAUCCCUUUUCAACACCCUCCUCAGCAGAGAGGCAAACUUUGCAAACGAGCUUCAGAAGGUUUAUUGCCAUGGAAGAGGGUGUGUGGAAAACAAGUCCAUGUUUUUUCAUUCACCUGCCUUUUGCCACUGGGUCAUACUCUUUCAGAAAUGGUUGGGAGGGGGUGUUUUCAUCUCCAGAAUUGGGUCCCUCACAUUAUCCAAAUUGCUAAUGCAUAUUGCUUCAAAAUAUUGCUUCACUCUGUUAGUGAAAAUUAUCAGAAAUGAAGGAAUGUAUUGCAGAUGAAAAAUAUGCAGGGUCUCGUAUUCCAGUCUGCCAUAUAUUAGUGUGCUAGCCUCACUAAAGAUUGAGGUUCCUAUGAGAGUAAUUUUAAGUGAGUUCUCCCCUAAAAACUCACAUGGAAAUGAAGACCACCUAUUUUGUGCUAGUAUGGAAAGAGGCAUUUUGGAAAAGCCCCAAACUGCCGGUCUGAAAUAGCAUCUUCAUUUAGAUCAAGAACAUUUUUUCCCCAUUGCAUUUAUCAGUAAAACUGUUGUCCAGAAGAAGUUUUAAUAAUAAGAUUUUGAUCAUUUACAUCAGGCACCCCCAAACUCGGCCCUCCAGCUGUUUUUGGACCACAGUUCCCAUCAUGCCUGACCUGUCCUGUUAGCUAGGGAUGGUGGGAGUUGUAGUCCAAAAACAGCUGGAGGGCUGAGUUUGGGGAUGCCUGAUUUACAUCAUAGAUGCGUCUCUGAAGAUCCUAUCUUGGUACAGUGGUGCCUCGCAAGACGAAAUUAAUCCGUUCCGCGAGUCUCUUCGUCUUGCGGUUUUUUCGUCUUGCGAAGCACGGCUAUUAGCGGCUUAGCGGCUAUUAACGGCUUAGCGGCUUUAAGAAAAAGGAAACAAACUCGCAAGAACUCGCAAGACGUUUCGUCUUGCGAAGCAAGCCCAUAGGGAAAUUCGUCUUGCGGAACGACUCAAAAAACAGAAAACUCUUUCGUCUAGCGAGUUUUUCGUCUUGCGAGGCAUUCGUCUUGCGGGGCACCACUGUACCUGUAGUGAAGCAGUCUGUAGAGUAGAGAGGAGGACAUUCAGAGUAGUAUUUGAUAACUGUGGAAAUUGCAAGUUGUGACAAUUACUCAUUUGGGUCAGUAGUUCAUUCUAUAUGUAGUUGCUUCCAGUUAUUCAUUUGUGAUGGAUGAUUAGAGAACUUUUGUCUGCAUCCGCUCAUAGCUUGAAACAAUUCUUAAUUCUUUUUAAAUGCUGCUGUCCUUAUUCUUGGUUCUGUAUGCCUCAAUUGAACUGUGAUAAGUGUAGAAACUAAGGAAAAUAAAUUACAAAGUACCGUAUUUUUCGCUCUAUAACACGCACCCGACCAUAACACGCAGGUAGUUUUUAGAGGAGGAAAAUCCGUAGGCAUGCCACCCGUAGGCAUUCCCUCCAUAACAUGCACAGACAUUUCCCCUUACUUUUUAGGAGGAAAAAAGUGAGUGUUAUGGUGCAAAAAAUACGGGAUAUCCGUAAAGGCAUUGGCAACCUGAAAAAGACAACUGUUUUGAACUAGUUUUGGGUUUUUUUUUAAAGUAAAAACGUGCAUAUUAGAACUUAGUUUUCUAUCAGGUGUUCUCUUCUGAAGAGUUUUUAGGAGAAUUAUUUCUCCCCUUUAAACUGCUGCUUACUUGAUAUAGAAGUCUGACUUAAAAACUUAGUAUAAUUUAAAUAAUUUGCACACUUUAAAAGUUAAGUAUGGUUAAACAUAUAUUGAUGCAGCUGUAUAGGUCUAUAGGUCUUUUUUAACUUGUUCUCCAUAGAGCCAAAGCUGAUAAAUUAUUGUUAUUUUAUUUCUAUUUUAUUUCUAUUUAUUAAAUUUCUCUACCUCCCUUUGCCUGAAGAUCACAGGGUGGUUUACAAUAUAAAAAUACAAUUUUUUUUUUGCCAUAGUAAAAAACAAAAACAAAAUUCCCCCGCCCCAUUUAAAAGGCUAUAGAUUGUUUAAAAAGGGAGAGGGUGGUGCUGUGAUCAAAACCACUGAGCCUCUUGGUCUUCCUGAUAGGAAGGCUAGUGGUUUGAAUCUGUGCAACGGGGUGAGCUCCCAUUGCUCUGUCGCAACUUCUGCCAACCUAGCAGUUUGAAAGCACACCAAAAUAGAUAAAUAGGUACUACUGUGAUGGGAAGUUAAACGGCAUUUCCGUGUGCUCUGGCUUCCGUCACGGUGUUCCAUUGCGCCAGAAGUGGUUUAGUCAUGCUGGCCACGUGACCCGGAAAGCUGUUUGUGGACAAACUCCUCAGCCUUAAGCAAGAUGAGCGCUGCAAGCAUAGUCACCUUUGGUUGGACUUAACCGUUCAUGGGCCCUAUACCUUUACUUCUAUCUUUUACAUUGUUUAAUUGGCCGAAGGCCCGGGAGAACAGGAAUGUUUUUGCCUGGUGCCUAAAUAUUGAGCCUCCCUGAGGAAAUCAUUCUACAAGUGAGGAUACACCCCAGAAAAGGCCUGUAGAUAAAGGGCCUUUCCUACAUACUACUCGAGAUGUCUGUGAUGAGAUGAAUCAAAGUUCAGGAAUUGCAUCUUGCUUUGGUAUAGAAAAGUUGGUAAGAGGUUUAUCCUGUGGCAGUCAAAUGUUGAAUUCUACCAUGGAUGUAUUUAACUACCGUAUUUCACCACAUAAUGGCCACAUUUUUUUGCCGAUUUUUCUUUUAAAAAGGGAGGGUGCAACUAUUACACUGUGGCGACUUUUACACGGUGAAAUAACGGUAAGAAGCAACAACAUGCUAUGGACUCCGGUUUCUUUAAUAGGGCAAUGGUUCAAUAGGUGCAAUACAAAGCAAAUGGCACAGACAUUGUCCUUUCCAUUCGAGAUCUUGCCUUCUCCCUGUGCGAAGUUCUGUCAAAAGAGGAGGCGGCUUCAGUUGUCGAUUAAAGUUAUUUCUUCCUGGGUUUCUCAUUCCCUUUCAAUGCUAUUCGCUCGUGCAGAGGUGGAGGAAGGAAUCACGGAUGGGUGGUGGAGGUGGUUGCUCGUCUGCUGCUUCCUCUUCUUCGCUGGGGUGGCCCCAGGGCGCAAGCUCAGGUUGGUGGCAGUAACAGCAGCCUGGGCCUGGCUUUGCCUGGCCUCCUCCAGCUGGCAAGCCAACGAGGGCCCGGACUCCCACCCUCACCCCUUCAGGAGCCUGCUGUGCCGACCCUUGGCUCGCACCAGAGUUAUACCCUGCUACUAUUAUGCGGUGAAUAUUUUUGGGGUACCCAAAAGGGUGGUGCAACUGUUAUGCAGUGGUGACCAUUACGCGGUGAAAUAUGGUAGUGGUUUUAAAAAAAUUAAUCCCGCUCUUCAGUAAAAAAGGUACCCAGAGCAGCUUAUAAAUGACUUUAAAAAGAACAUAAUUUCUGCCUUCAAGCUUACAGCCUAAAAAGACAAAACAAAAGGAAAGAGUGGAAGAAACAAAUGAACUUAGGUGCAAGUUGUAAGCUAUAAUUUUUAGUGACUGAUUGGGAAAAUAAUAACAAAAACAUCAGGGAAGCGAAUUGAAAAAUUUGAGUAGAUUAGCUGUGAGCUAAUAAGUAAAUGGCAGAAAAGCAAAUUUAUUUGAGAAACUAAAGCCAGAACACAAUUGAAUAAAAUUGUGCCUCUCUUUUUCCUAGUUCAUAAUUUUUUUUACCUAAUACCUAGGCUUGAGACCAAUGACUCAAUCAUAUACCGGUCUACUCAGAAGUAAGCAUUCAGUUCAAUGGGGCUUGCUGCUAGGUAAAAUACGUUAGAAUCUGCCACCUAAUUCUCACUCUGUAUAGUAUGAAGUUUUUCCUUAGCCGAUUUAGGAAUAUGAGUGUUCUUUGUUUGGAUUAGUUAUACAUACGACAGUGCUCCUCUUAGGCUUAAUUAUAGCUAAACAUGAUUUUGUUAGAUCCAACGUUUCUAACAAAUGCAUUUUAAAGACAUGGGUGUAGUUUCCAAGCACUGGCUGGAAUCCAUUAAAUCCAUUUCAUUAUUUUUUUUUAAAGUUAUUCCUUAUUGACUUUGGGUUGGCCAAAAAGUACCGGGACAACAGGACAAGGCAACAUAUACCAUAUAGAGAAGACAAAAAUCUCACUGGCACAGCCAGAUACGCCAGCAUCAAUGCACAUCUCGGCAUUGAACAGAGGUAAGGUCCAAGCAAUUUCUGUAAUGAUGCUAGAAGCUGUUAAUAUUUGGGAUCUUGAAUGGACACAACCUAAAUGAAGUUUAAUUUCUCGCUAAAGAAAUUAGCUAAGAAAUGAAGGUAGAUUAAAUGUUCUCAACAGUUUAGUAUCUUCUUGUUAAAAUGAUUCCCUCACAACAAUUUCAGUAAACUAGGAUCUGUCAAAGCCUGUUUUACAAAUAAAACAAUCCAUUUCUUUCCAUCUGCAUGACACAAUGUAAAAUUCCCCAAACCCAGAUUCUGUUCAGUAGUUUUGGUAAAGUAUUAUACUGCUAGUGUUUGGGUUUCUAUGUAUGCCAGUUGUUUUGAAUGGGGAGAGCUUGCUCUUACUAUGUUUAGAACUAUUUUGGUUGUUUAAAUUUUAGUUGCCUAGUUCUUGCUUCUAGAAAGAUGGCUGAAUAAUAUCAUCUAAGUAGAUUUCCAUGACUCACUGAAAAUGCUAAACUCUGCUUAGAGCACAUUCCUAUCUUGUGGUACUAUUCUGUUUCUAGACUUCUAGGUCCUCAUUCCCAAAAUCAAAUGUACCCCAAAAAACUAAAUUUGUUUAUAACUCAGGUUAUGUAUUGGUAUGUUGGCAGUUUUAUUGAUCACCAGCUUCCUUUCAAACCAUGCUAAGUCCUCAGAUGGCAAGUGCUUUUAUACCUUUUAAGCAUAAACUAAAAAACAACAACACCUGCCUCUUCCUCCACAGUCGUCGUGAUGAUAUGGAGUCACUAGGAUAUGUAUUGAUGUACUUUAACAGAACCAGCCUGCCGUGGCAAGGAUUAAAGGUAUGUCAUGAAAUUUUACUUGAGGUUUAUAUUCUCCCCCCCAAUCCAUCACUCCCACUAGUGUAGUAGAGAACACUGCUACACAUAGUACUGUAUACUUGGCUCAAUUGUUAAAAAGGCCUCAUAACUCCAUGGUGUCAAAUGUUUUCUCCACAUACAGUGGUACCCCGCAAGACGAACGCCUCGCAAGACGGAAAACCCGCUAGACGAAAGGGUUUUCCGUUUUGGAGGCGCUUCGCAAAACGAAUUUCCCUAUGGGCUUGCUUCGCAAGACGACAGCCCAUAGGGAAAUCUCAGGGACAGCGGGAAGCGCAGCGCGUCUUCCCCACUGUCCUCGGACCUCCUCCGAAGCCUGGCGGCGGGGCGGGGACACCUCCUCCCGCCGCCGCCGGGCUCGGAAGGCUCCUCCGAGCCGGGCGGGGGAGGGAACACCUGCCGCCGCCGCCCGGCUCGGAAUGGUGCUCCGGCCGGGCGGGGGGAGGGAAGACCUGCCGCCGCCGCCCGGCUCGGAACGGUGCUCCGGGCCGGGCGGGGAGGGAAGACCUCCGCCUCUGCCCGGCUCGGAACGGUGCUCCGAGCCGGGCGGUGGGAGGGAAGACCUCCCCGCCGCCGGGCUUCGGAAGGCUCCUCCGAGCCGGGCGGGGGGAGGGAACACCUGCCGCCGCCGCCCGGCUCGGAACGGUGCUCCGAGCCGGGCGGGGAGGAAGACCUCCCCGCCGCCCGGCUCGGAACGGUGCUCCGAGCCGGGCGGGGGAGGGAAGACCUCCGCCUCUGCCCGGCUCGGAACGGUGCUCCGAGCCGGGCGGUGGGGAGGAAGACCUCCCCGCCGCCGGGCUCGGAAGGCUCCUCCGGCCGGGCGGGGGGAGGGAACACCUGCCGCCGCCGCCCGGCUCGGAACGGUGCUCCGAGCCGGGCGGGGGAGGGAAGACCUCCCCGCCGCCGGGCUCCGGAAGGCUCCUCCGAAGCCGGGCGGGGGGGAGGGAACACCUGCCGCCGCCGCCCGGCUUCGGAACGGUGCUCCGAAGCCGGGCGGGGGGGAGGGAAGACCUCCCGCCGCCGCCCGGCUUCGGAACGGUGCCCGAGCCGGGCGGGGGGAGGGAAGAUCUCCCGCCUCUGCCCGGCUCGGAACGGUGCUCCGGCCGGGCGGUGGGGAGGGAAGACCUCCCCGCCGCCCGGCUCGGAACGGUGCUCCGGGCCGGGCGGGGAGGGAACACCUCCCGCCGCCGCCCGGCUCGGAACGGUGCUCCGGCCGGGCGGGGAGGGAAGACCUCCGCCGCCGCCCGGCUCGGAACGGUGCUCCGAGCCGGGCGGGGGGAGGGAAGACCUUCUGAAGGCGGGCGGGGGCGAAAGUCUUUGCUCCCCCUGCCUGCCUGUCCCGGAGGGCUUUGAAGGCGGGGAGCAAGACUUUCGCCCCCGCCCGCCUUCAGAAGAGGUCCAGGACCUCUUCUGAAGGCUGGCGGGGGCAAAAGUCUUUGUCCCCCUGCCUGCCUUCCCAGGGGCUUUAAAUUGCCCCGGACAGCGGAGAAGUCCUCCGCUGUCCCGGGUGAUUUUAAAAUGCCGCCCGCCAGCAUUUUAAGAUCGCCCGGACAGCGGAGAAGUCCUCCGCUGUCCCGGGUUUUUUUAAAAUGCUGGGGGUGGGAAGAAAAGCCCUUGCCCCCCCCCCAGCCUUCAGAAGAGGUCCGGGGACAGACUGUCCCCGGACCUGGUCUGAAGGCGGUUUCCCUAGGAACGCAUUAAUUGAUUGUCAAUGCAUUCCUAUGGGAAACCGUGCAUCGCAAGACGAAAAACUCGCAAGACGAAGAGACUUGCGGAACGAAUUAAUUUCGUCUUGCGAGGCACCACUGUAUCUUGAAUAAAACAAACACAGUAUGCUUAAUGCACAAUAACCAUAUGAUGUAGGCAUUAGACUGCAAUAAAUGGCAUUCAGCUACAUUCAAAACUUAAUACCAGAUUGACCUUCAUUUCCUUUGCAAUAUAUUGUGGUACUGUGGUACCUCGGGUUAAGAACUUAAUUCGUUCUGGAGGUCUGUUCUUAACCUGAAGCACCACUUCAGCUAAUGGGGCCUCCUGCUGCCGCUGCGCCUCCGCUUCAUGAUUUCUGUUCUCAACCUGAAGCAAAGUUCUUAACCCCAGGUAAUAUUUCUGGGUUAGCGGAGUUUGUAACCUGAAGCGUAUGUAACCCGAGGUACCACUGUACUUGGAGAUUUCAUAUAAAGCCUUGUCCAUCAAGGUUCUGUCCAUCUGAUAUUUGCAGCUGUCCUUGUGUCACAUAUAUUUAUCCAUGUGUCCCACAGGCUGCAACAAAGAAACAGAAAUAUGAAAAGAUUAGUGAAAAGAAGAUGUCUACUCCUGUUGAAGUUUUGUGUAAGGUGAGAGAAAAGCUGUUGUUAAGAACGUUAAUUGCUUUGGCAAAGAGCUAUCUUUUCAUUAGUAAAGUAGCCAAGAACUCUUAGACACAAUAUAAAUUCUUUUCUUUGUUUUCCUGCUCUUAAAAAACAAAACUUGCAAUAAUCCAGAACUGAUGUCUUGCAUUUAAGACCUACGAGAAUCUUUUCUGUAAGUCACUGUUUGUCUAAUUCUGUUUGCAGGGUUUUCCUGCAGAAUUUGCAAUGUAUCUGAACUACUGUCGUGGCUUGCGCUUUGAAGAGGCUCCUGACUACAUGUAUCUGAGGCAGUUAUUCCGUAUCCUUUUCAGGUCAGUGGGGCUGAGGGUACCACAAAACCUUUGAGCAUAACAGUGAUAAACUAGCAAGUGUUUAGAACUAGAAAAAAAGUUCUGCUGACUUUUUAUCAGCUUUAACAGAAACCCGUAGCCCUCACCAGGAUAGCCUUAAUCUCCAUCUGGUUGAGGAUUAGCCUGUCACCAGCAGCACUGAAAACAAAUAUAACAUGCAUUAUCUUCAAACACUUACCCAGAUCAGUCAGGUUUUUUUUUGUUUUUUAAAUUGAGUAAAUGCAUGAAUUAUCUGUAAAAGAUCAAAUCUAGUAUUUCAGCAGAAGAAACUACCUUUAUUUCAUUGACCACUUCAGUUAACUUAAUUUGUCAAGAGUGGAAAGCCAAGCAACAUUUAAAGAUAUAUGGCUGCAAUAAAACACAGUUCAUGAUGUCACAUUUCCCAGGGCAAUGGGGUUGUAAGCAAAAUUUGCCCCAAAUUUACAAGCUGGUUGGAUGAACGUAGGCCUUGUGUUUUAGAAAGAAUAUGGACAUACUGGGAAGGGGAAUGGUCCUUGUAUACUAAAAUGGUUUUGUAUCUGAAAUUUCAUGUUACUACCCAAGGUUCAAGCUGGUUUGUAUGUGUAAGUUGUACAUUAAUUACAAUGUAAGCUGUCCUUACUGUUUAUAAAUGUUGAAUUGCUCAAAAUGGAUUACAGCUUUAAUACAGACUAUUAUAAUAGAAAAUGACCAAGAUCCCAAGUGUCACAUGUGAUGGUCUGCACAAAUCAAGCAAUUUUUUUGAGUACCGUAUUUUUCGCUCCAUAGGACGCACUUUUUCCCCUCCAAAAAUGAAGGGGAAAUGUGUGUGCGUCCUAUGGAGCGAAUGCAGGCUUUCGCUGAAGCCUGGAGAGCGAGAGGCAUCGGUGCGCACCGACCCUCUCGCUCUCCAGGCUUCAGGAAGCUAUCCGCAAGCCUUGCAAGCCCGGUGGGAGUUCCCGCGGGCUCACAAGGCUUGCAGGCAGCAGCCUGCAGCCCCGGCGAGUGUCCGCAAGCCUUGCGCGCCCGGCAGGAGGUCCCGCCGAGCGCGCGAGGCUUGGGGCAGCAGCCUGUCGCCCGAGCACGGGAGCCCUCCGGAGGGCUCCCGUGCUUCGGGCGAGUGUCUGCAAGCCUUGCGCGCCCGGCAGGAGGCCCCGCCCAGCGCGCAAGGCUUGGGGUGGCAGCCUGUCGCCCGAAGCACGGGGAGCCCUCCGGAGGGCUCCCCGUGCUUCGGGCGAGUGUCUGCAAGCCUUGCGCGCCCGGCAGGAGGUCCCGCCCAGCGUGCAAGGCUUGGGGCUGCAGCCUGUCGCCCGAGCACGGGAGCCCUCCGGAGGGCUCCCGUGCUUCGGGCGAGUGUCUGCAAGCCUUGCGCGCCCGGCGGGAGGUCCCGCCCAGCGCGCAAGGCUUGGGGCUGCAGCUUGUCGCCCGAGCACGGGAGCCCUCCGGAGGGCUCCCCGUGCUUCGGGCGACUGUCUGCAAGCCUCGCGCGCCCGGCGGGAGGUCCCGCCCAGCGCGCAAGGCUUGGGGCUGCAGCUGUCGCCCGAAGCACGGGAGCCCUCCGGAGGGCUCCCGUGCUUCGGGCGAGUGUCUGCAGCCUUGCGCGCCCGGCGGGAGGUCCCGCCCAGCGCGCAAGGCUUGGGGCUGCAGCUGUCGCCCGAAGCACGGGAGCCCUCCGGAGGGCUCCCGUGCUCGGGCGAGUGUCUGCAAGCCUUGCGCGCCCGGCGGGAGGUCCCGCCCAGCGCGCAAGGCUUGGGGCUGCAGCUUGUCGCCCGAAGCACGGGGAGCCCUCCGGAGGGCUCCCGUGCUUCGGGCGAGUGUCUGCAAGCCUCGCGCGCCCGGCGGGAGGUCCUGCCCAGCGCGCAAGGCUUGGGGCUGCAGCUUGGCGCCCGAAACACCGGGAGCCCACCGGAGGGCUCCCCAUGAUUCGGGCGAGUGUAUGCAAGCCUCGCGCGCGAGGCUUGGGGCGGUAGCCUGCAGCCCGAAGCACGCGAGGCUUGGGGCGGCAGCCGCGGGGGGGGGAAUAAUUUUUUUUAUUCAUUCCCCCCCAAAAAAACGAGGUGCGUCCUAUGGACCGGUGCGUCCUAUAGAACGAAAAAUACGGUACUCCAAAAAGCUUCGGGUGGUUGCCUCAUAGCAUGGAUAGGUAGCCAGAUGGAGGAAGGGAACUGGGUGCAGAGAUAAAUUAUUUCCUCCCACACUAGCAUGUGAAGUGCUUUACACUUUAUGUAUGGGGCUCUUUGGAUCUUGGCCAAUACUUUGUAAAUGACGGCUAAGUGGCUUUCAAACUUGCUGCAAACAGGUUUUUAAUUAUUAAUCCACCACACUACUCAAUCUUCAAGUGUUUUACAAAGCAUUAUUAAUUUUAGGCUUCAGUAAAAUUUGUCUGCUAUAUAACGGCAAUGUAGGUAUUGCAUUGCAGUGAAUAUUCUGCUUUCUUUUUCUUUUUCUGCUCACUAGGACUCUGAAUCACCAAUAUGACUACACAUUUGACUGGACAAUGUUAAAGCAGAAAGCAGCACAGCAGGCAGCCUCUUCCAGUGGGCAGGGGCAGCAAGCCCAAACCCCCACAGGCAAGCAAACUGACAAAUCCAAGAGUAACAUGAAAGGUUAGUAGCCAAGAACCAAGUGACGUUACAGUCCAAAAAUAAUAAACACUAAUUUGGAUGUCGGUGAAGUUAAGUGUUAGAUCAAGGAGGCCAUUAAAAACAUACAUUUGGCUAUUUAGUAUUAAAGAAAACGGACGUCCUUGGAAAAUUUGACUACUAACUUUAAACCAAGUGUCCUUGUUUUUCAUAUCAUUUCUUUGGGGAUGUUGGGUCAUUUUAACCACUGCAUCUUCUGCUCCCGCAUUAACCCCUCUUCAAAACUGGCUUGGUGUUGGGAACAUGACAAACAGUAUGAUCCAAAAUCCUAGACCUAACACUUUUUAAGAGGAAAGCCUUCUAUUUCCUUUUUCUAUUGGGUCAGCAUUUAGAAGCUUUGGUACGGGUACCUUUAUUCUUGCAUCCAAAAUGAAGAUGGAAAAGUAGGCAUGAUCUCACUUGGAAUUCUGCCUAAAGCACUUGUGUGAUGGAUUUUUAUUCCUUGGCAUAGAUAGUGUUAAUUUUCCAUCUUCAAUUACAAAUCCAGGCAUGGAUUAUCCUGUGGGGUGAACUAAUAAGGGGACUCUUUAAUUUAAAUUGAAUUUUAACUGUCCAUUACGUUAAGUUUUUGCUUUUAUUAAAAUGUGGAUUCAAAUGAAAACUGAAUUUAAUAUGUUUUCAACACUGACACCUCUUAAACUGGUUUUCUAUGAAGACCAAACCAUGGGAGAACUUCUGUCCAAAGCUUAAUAAAUACAGCCCAGUACUGUAUAUCCUGGGCUUUUGUGGCUAUAGGUGAGCCAUGUCCUCUAUCAGGUUGGCUUGUUACCCACAAAGGAGCUCACUCUGCUCCUUCCUAGAAUGGGGGUUCCAAGAUCUCUCAGGGUGAUGCACUUCAUGAGGCAGCUUCAUGAGGUGACAUCUACAGAAUUGCAAAUGGUGGAUGCCACAUCUGCAGUAAUUCAGGUUUAAACAGAACCCAUUUUACAGCAGGAAGGUAGACAGUAAGAUAGCUAGGAGCUGAGCCUGCUGCUAACCUGUGGUGGGAAUGGAUAGGGUUGUACCUGUCAUAGGGGACCAUCAUGCCAGUCCUUGAAUAAAGAGUCUGAAAAACAAUCCUAGUGUGGGUGGGGGGUGGAAUACACCUAUUCCAGACAAGAAAGAAUGAGGUGGAGCUCACAAUGCGCUGAAGGAAAUAGUAGAAAAUCUCUCAAAUUUUAUUGUGCGCUUAACACAUUUGAAGCGUAGCCAUUCACUAUUGUCUUCUGAAUAAGGUGUUAAAGGGGGAAGGGGGACAAUGAAGGUCUAUGAGUUAGUGAAGACUUCACUCUUCUUGAGAAGCAGAGUCUCCAAAAAUGCCAGAAACUGGGGUGUCUGAAGAGAAGAGAAGCCUUCAGUGAAGCAAUCUGAGACAAGACUGUGAUGAUUGUACCUACCUGUACUUAACAUGGAAUAAAGUGAAGUUACCUGCUGAAAUUGGUUUGCAUCCUGGUAUCCGUGGGGCAGACAUGGUCAAAAGAUAAUAGAAUGGAACAAAGAGGUCUGGGCCAAAGGGACUACAAGUCUUCAUAGAUUUGAGCAUCCAGUUCUUGGCUUUAGCAGACAAACAACCUAUGUUUUACCAUAUUCAUCCACUGAGUUCACUUGAGUUGCCUUGUAAGUCCUAUUUUGUAGUCUCAAGUCCUUGAAUACUGCAAUUUGCUCAAUUCACAAAUGGUAAACAUUAUUACUCUUACCAGCUGAACUUGAAUUACUACUUUUCAUAAAAUGGAAAAAAUAGUCUGUCCAGUAAUAAGCAAAUGCUUCUGAAAAGUCUGCUUAAUCUUAAAGUAGAUAAUCUUGAUCCGUGCCUUUACAUGAGGAGAGGGAGACAAGACAGCAGAAAGCACUAAUUUCGCAUUUCUCCACCAAGUACAAAUAAUUCUGUAGGGCCAGAGGAAUGUGAGUUGAACAAAACUUGAGAUUGCUGGCUAUUUUGUUAUUCUGAGGUGGGGCAGAGGAGUGGAUGCAACACAGAGAAGAAACUCAAGGCAGGUAGGGAAAGGACAGCUUUGUUUGCUCUUCUUAGCAUCUAGGGUUGGUCACAAUUAGCUGUUACACGACUUUCUGGCAAAUAGAAGGCUCUUAUUGGAAAAUAAAUUCUUCCAGUGUUAAACAAAAUAAUCAGGGGGGAGGAGUAUUAAAUGAAAACUGGGACAAGGAAGCAAGGCCUGGUUUUCAGAAUGAAAUGUUGUAAGAAAUGCUUCUCAAGAAGAAAUGACUUCAAAUGAUGUGGACCUAUGUGAACACUCUGGAUCAACUGGUUAGUAAACAUUUUUGCACUUUUCUUAUUUAUUGUACCCACAUAUUGCUGUGCUAAUAUAAGCAGAGCAUAUUGGGGUGGAUUAUUUUGGAGUUUCAAUGUACAAUUAAUUAGUGAAUUUAUGGGAAUAUGUUAAUUGCACUCUUGCUGCUGCUGCUGUAGGACUGAUAUUAUUGAUUGUUCGGCAUAAGUAAAUACUCUGGUUGAAGAUUGUGGAACACUUGUUAUGCCAUAGUGAAAAAAAAACCACUAUUUAAUUUGCUUUUGAGAGGGCUGACACGUUGUUAAAUAUGAGCUUAUAUUUGGCUUUUUCCUUGUAAAUAUUUUGAAGUGACAUCCACAGCAGACCAAGCCUCUGAAUAAGAAUUUAUGAAUGCAAACAUUGUUGUCCUAAAGGAUGGUCACCUAAAGGAUGGUCACAUCCCGUAUUUAUAGCAAACAUUACUUGUUUUAGAGCAAAACAGCUCCGCAGAAUGUAAGAGUUUCCCAUAAACACAAUUCCUACGUGCUUUAAUCAUAUCCCAGCUCUAUGGACCAGUGUGUGUGUGUGUGUGUGUGUGUGUGUGUGUGUGUGUUUUAAAGAAUGGGUCUGGCAAAUUUUACAAUUAAAGCAAGUGUACUCAAUUACAGAAGUUGACUUUUCAUUGUUUUUGUUUCAGGGUCCAUAUAAGAGGUUAUAACUAUCCGUUUGCAACAUCUACAGCUUCAUAGUCAUCUGCUGGUGCCACCAAAACCAGCAGUGCUGCAACUUAAAUACAUAUUGGACAAUAAACUGCAUGCUUCAAACAAGAUAUCUUCAUCCAAUUGGAACCAUGGAUGAUUUCAUAAUAGUAGUUGAUGAAAUGCUCUGUUUGUUAGUGCAACUAACCCUUUUGUGGGUGAUCAGAAUAAAAUCUUUAUUGGCACAGGUCAGUAAUUAUGACCAGGCUUUUAUUUCAUAAGUCAAAAUAGCCAUUGCUGAAAAGUUACUGAAUAUGUGUGUGAGUAGUAUGAAAAAACAACAACAAAAAAACAGGAUUGGAAACCUGCUAGCUUGUCUUACUGGGUGGAGCAACAUAAUGAUUCAGCAAAAAGCUCUUUAGCUGAAAGCAGAUGUUGAAUUUAUUUUUCAGAAUAUCUGAUGUUAGGAACUCAACUUGGGAGAGACAGGGGUGAAAACUUAAGAGUUUGCAGCAGCCAGAAGCAAUUCUGCAAAUGUACAGUGCAUAAGAUCUGCAUGAUGGAGGAAACAUGAAAUGCCACAGGUUUUAUUUAAUGGAUCUUUUAGCUUACUGGAAAUAAGCCACAUUGAAUACAGUAGGGCUUCUGAGCAAAUAUGCAUAGGUUCAGGCUGUUGAUGAAAGAGAAGAGUGUCUGAGAUGAAAAAAACACUGAAAUUUCAAAAUACUUCUACAGCCAACUUGCUUUGACUUUAAUGAAGAGAGCAGGUGGAUUUAAACUAAUUCUUCCCCAAGAUACAGCUGACGUCAGCUGCUCUGACCUGUUGCACAGUUUGUUUAUGAACUGGCCUAUUCUAAUGAACAUUUUGAAGAAAACAAUUACCACACAGAUGGAAUUAGCAGCUUUUCAUCAUUUCCUGAAGGAAAAAAAGGUAGACUGCUUGGAAUCUUGAAAUCUAAUUCAUCACACAAAGAUUACUGAUGCUGUCAAACAUUCGGAAAGAAGACCACGAUCUUGAAGAAAAAUGUGCCAACAGAAUUCAGUUGCAGUAUAAAUCAAGCAUUAAAUUAACUUAAUCUUCCUUGCCUAUAUUUUAACCCAGAAUGCAGGUUAGAUGCCUGACUGAUGAAUAAGACAUUGUGACAUAAGCUUUCUUCAGUAAACUCGCCUGUAACCUCAGCGCUAGAGGUUGACUAUUCAAGGUAUACAUACCUGUUCCUUAACUUUUUUAAAGAAGGCCACUCACUCCAGUGAACUGGUGAAAGCUUUUGUUAAGCAUCUGGAGACACAAGUCCCCCCUCCCCAAGAACUAAACCAGCUUUUCACAGCAAAGCCGCCUCAGCAGGUAGAGAGAGUGCUAUUGGCUUCAUUUGAAAUUCGGCAGUCAAAGAUGAAAAAUGAACUAGGAAAUGAAAAAGCAAUUUUUUCUUUGUUCCGGUCUAUAAAUAAGUUGAUGGUUUUUAUUUGAAGGACAUUGUAAAUAGGAAAUUAUACACUAUUUGAGUUUGUAUUUUAAUAAAAGAAUAGUCUUGGUUUUUUAUGUUAUCUAUAAACAUUGUAAGCAAAGAGUUAAUCUAUUAAAUAAGCACUGUACCAAAAGCCACUUAUUAAAAAGUGUAAUAUGAAAAGUUUCAUAUCUACCUAUAUAGUUUUGAAGCUUCUGUUUAGUUCAAUAUUGCUUAGUUCAUCACAGCCACAGGCUUGUGGUUUACUGUAAUUUUAGAAUGAAAGGAUAUUUAGAUAGUGGAAUUGUCACAAUUGUCAGUUUACCUUCAUUCACGUACAUAGAAAGGUAGUGCAAGAAGUAGUUUUAUGCCUGUAUUCAACUUUGCAUUGUGUAUUCAGAUGAAAUUUCUAUCAAACCCAACUCCUAAAACACCAAGACACUACUGUGGCCAUGAAGAGUUGGCUUUGACAGUAUUUUUUCAUCUUGUUUUGCUUUGUUUCUUGACUAGUAACUGUUUCGACUGGUAAAUUUCCAUCUCCAAAAUAUCACUGCAGACUGGAGCUGAAUCCCCUUAAUGUAACAAAAUGUAUGCACCUUUGGAGGAGUAUUUAGUUUCACUCUGAUUUUGCUAGUAUUUAGUUUGGCUCAAUACCCUGUGUAGAACAAUAUGAAUGUAGCCAGACAAAGAUGGUCAUGGAAACAUAGGAAGCCUGGUUUGCUAAACAAAAAACCCUUUUGUCUAUGGGGACAUCAGUAUCCUAGAUACAAAAUCUUAGAUACGGUGUUUGUGUUUAACCCCUUUUAGGUCCUGUGCAAUAGCCACUCCGAUGUGAUUUGAAAGUAGCUGGUUUACCUCCAAGAAAGUUGUAGGGUUUAAUAAAGGUUAUACACUAUAGCUGGAGUAUGUCUCACAAGUUCAGUUCAGACUAGAAAGUGAGUCAGUAUAUUCUGUGUGAAUAUGCACCACCAAGUUUAUUUAAGCAACCAGUUGAGGUGCAGGGACGCUUUCUCUAGGUAGAACUAAGGAAACUUGCUUGAAAGUAUUGCUCAGUUGAGAAGGGAAACAGAUGUGCACUGCUUCUUGAGGAAAAGCUAAGUGCAGCAGGAGCAAAGUAAAGGCUGUGCUGAAGUAAUGUGUUAAGAGCUAUCAGAGUAAGAAAGCUAAUAGAAUUGUAGCAUCUAACAACACAAUAACAAGCUCUUUUCUCAAUAUUUCUAGACAUUUUUCUUUUUGUGGGUGAGAAAGGGGGGAUUCUGAAUGUGAACAGUAAGGGGAGGGGUAUUGAAGGGUGACAUCACUUUAACUGCAACAUCUCAUGAUGACAUGCACAUGUACAGUUAUAGAAAUUGCAUGUUUUCUAAUUUCACCCCAGACCGUGCUCUUCAAUGGAGGUGUUCACACAGUUAGCUGUAAGCCAGUGAUGUGCAUACCACUGGGAGUCAGCCUUAAUUUGAACAUAAAUAUUGUGCUACCUGCUGCUUUGGUGAUUACUUAGUAGGCUUCCCUUUGUUUUUCACAUUGGUAGUAAUGGGAAAGGCAGUGGCAAUGCACUUGGGCAAGGAGCAGUUAGAACACUAGUUCUUGUGUUGCAAUAUCGUUGAAAGUCUGAAACUUGGGGGUGGGGGACGACUUUCUGGAAAAGGUAAAAUCUUUAAAUGAAGGCUUCUAUGUACUAAACCACUACCAGACUCUGAUGCUUAAGAGAUCUAACAUAUGGUGUUUUCUACCAUAUUUAACUUAUUAAAUGUCUGUGUCUGCAGUAUACAUAUACUGCUAAUUCCAUAGUAUUCAAGGCCAGGCCCAGUGAGUGGUAAUGAUGAAUUUAGGUCACUCCUUCUGUAUAUUUACAUUUCAGUGGAGGUUUUUUCUUCUUCCCUUUCAGUAACCUUAAUUAUAGUACAGACAAGAGGUUGCCUCCUUAAUUUCAAAAUAGAAACCCAGUGGGCCAAUUGCUAAGUUUUGGUCAGCAUUAUACUAUCAAUUUAAACUUGUAAUUGAAAACUGGAAGACUGUCACCUGAACUAAAUAAAGCUUUUUUCUUUUUUCUUUGAUACCACUGGGCUUGUGCCUCUGCAGUUUUUCCUCACUGAGUGAAGAUGACAAACUACUGUAUAUAUUAAAUGCCAGUGUGCCUGGAGCUAGUGGUCUAUAGUCUCUAACUGCAUAAUGUCAAGUCAAGCAUGGGUUAUUGCAGAACAAUGAGUCGUACAAGUGAUGUUGACUCUUAUCCUGUACCCUCUACUAUCCACAGGAGCGUAGAAAUAUUACUUCAAAGCUUUUACUGUGGAGUAAAUGCUUUUCUCCUAAUGUUAGUACAUAUAGAUGCUUUUGUUCAGAAUAGCUUUUGCCUUAAUUAUUAUUUUUGGUUUCAGAUUAGCGCAGAGUUCAAGUUUUGUCUUACGUAUAAUCAACACAUUUAAGGUAAUUUCAUUAAUAAAACAAUUUUGAAAUGUUUUCGUACACUUAAGUAGAUUUUUGUUUUUAAUGCGGUUUGUCAAGUCUUGAGUUACUUUAGUUGUGUUAAUUUCUGAACAACGGAAAGCACAUUCUCAAAAAACAAAUGUCAUAGCUGUGUAACUGUCUUGGUGAUGGUUCCUCCAGCAGAUUCUGUCAAACUUAAUUCUGAAGAGCGGAGUUAAACCCAGAAGAUUAAAAUUGUAAAUUGAAACCAUCUAACUUAUUUCUGAGGGAAGACUUCUAUCAGUACUGCUAAUAAUACCUAGGUAUCCCAUAUCCCUUGUAUCAUACCUGACCUCUAAUGCUAAGGCCUAUGAACUGGCUGCAUAUUUUAAAAUGCACACCAGCUAUAUUUGUUAUGCAAAGGGUGUUUGUUUUUUAGUCCUUUGAAGUUUAGUAGUUUAAUAUUGAGGACAGUCAGAAUUAAGUGACUAAUUUAGACCAACAGACAGUGGGCUUGUGGGUUGCUGCCAACUUUCUGAUUAAUAGUGAUUUCAGGUGUGCAACAUGCAAAUGUGCAGAAGAGUAGAGAGGGCAAAUGAUAGAAAACUUAAAAACUUCCAAUCUCUAUUCAGACUAAAAGUUUUGUAGGUGGUAGUCUUGAAAGCCAUGAAACAAUUGCCCCCAAUCUUCUGACCUAGAUUAUAAGAAUAUUUACUUUCUGCAGAGGUGAAAGGAAUUCUAGUGUGUCAUCAGUCUAUCUUGUUGCACAAUCCCAACAUUACUGAAGGGAAUAGAACAUAUUAAAAGCUAGUUCCAAAGAUCUCCACAAACAAUCAGGAGAUCUUUCCACCCACACAUGGCUGUUAACAAUUUUUCUAUUGGGUUGCAGCUCCCCAAAGAAAUAUUAGCACAGUAGAUCGUCGCCUGAACAUAGAAAAGUUUCUCAGAAGCUGUGAGGAGGAGCCCAAGACAUACUUAUGAUUAAAGAAGCUAUAAGUUUAAGGAAUGAAUAGAAAAACUGCCAACACGGAAGAAGUUGGGAAUGGGGUAGUUAACUAUGGCUUACAUUAAGACAUCUUAACUUAAAAUGGAUUUUAGUAAUUUUUAAAUUGUGAAUCUACUGGUAAAAUGUGACUGUUUAUAAGUUCUGCUAGACUACUACCUGAAUAAAAGAGAAGGUUAUAGUUGCACACUUUAAAAUUAACAUGCUGAAUUCCAGACUAUCUAGGAAAUACUGAACUAAAAAUUCUUUUAAGAAGUUCUUCCUUCACAUAACCUUUGUGGCUGCAUACUAAAAUGAAGAGUUAUUGGAGAUUAAACAUCAUACUGGUUCGUGGAUGUUGGCGCAGUGUCCUUAACUUUGAAAAUUGCCACUGAAUCCACCUGUGUAGUUGUAGUUUGAAAAUCUAUUUCUGAGUGGUUUCCAAUCUUCAUAUUUUACUCAAGGUCUGUAGUGGAAGUUGGGAGAACAAAUUUCCAGCUGUCAGGAAAAAACCUUACCAGCAAUUUCCAGUCAGUUGUAUUUUACUGGACGGUCCUUUUCUGCACUUGUCCUGAUCAUGUCCUUGCCUGGUUAUACAGACUAUUGGGAGUUUCUUUGACAACUGCUUCUCAGCCUAUGAAGCAGGAUGCUAUGGUGGGUCACCAAAGCAGGUAGUUCUGUUUUGCUGAUACUGAAGCUGUAUAGCAACAGGACACAACAUUGCAUUCAAAAGCGGAAAAAUUCUCUCCCCCAGGAAAGCAGCUGGCAUGGGGAUGACCGGUUCUCCAAACCCAGGGAGAAAAUAAUAGCCAUAGGAAGUACGUUUCCCAUUCAGUCCCAGUAAGGAAUGGGGGAGAGAAAAUGUAGAGGUUACUGACUGCUAAAAUGUAAUUCAGGAAUAGCUUGAAAGAAGUUGCCUCUGAGUAGAACACAAAUCCACAUCAUUCCAAAUAAGAAAAGGCUCACCAAAAAACUUCCAAGGCCUAUUUGUGUGCUACUGAAUAUUUGUCCAGGGAUAUAUAUAUUUGUUUGAAAUGAAUGUGAGAUAAAGUCCUUCCCGAAACCUUUGUUUUUCAGUAACAGAGUUUGCUGUGCCUAGACCCUUUGUGAGAAGUCUCUGUCCCCCCCCCCAACUUCCUCUUGUUUUCCAGAGGAAUCUGUUUCUAUAAUUUAUCGUUCUUUUAAAAGCCAGUCUACUGCUGAUUGGUCUCAUAAUUCACCCUGCUUUUGCACUACCACCCCAUCCCUUUCUCUGGAAAAGGAAAGGUGGUUUUUCACUUCCCUCAUAGAAGCUGUGUUGUCAGUGUUUUGUGUUUUGUGUUUGAGUCCCAUCAACUGCUAAAAUGUAGGUAUUCAUUCUCUGGCAUACCAGCAGUACAAACAGUGAUUAUGAAGGGAGCUUGUGAAUGAAGGGCAACAGUGUAUAUAGCUUAUUUUUAUAAAAUGAUUGCUGCCUCAAUGUCAGUGGAGAUAGAAAUAGAGAUGGAGGAGAAAUUGGUUUUAAAUGGAUUUAUACGUGGAAAUUGUUUGUUCCAACCUAAUUGAGCUUUGCCUGCAUCAGAUAGUCUCAGGUAUUGAACGCCUGCCUAUGUCUGAGCCACUUAUCCAUUAACAGUUAUUUUUAAAGCCUAAUUAUACGCAGAAUUAUACACACGAAAACGUAUAUUGUAAUUGCAACGCACACAAGUCCUAUGUGGUACCAUAUUUCUGCAGCAUAAUUUUAUUUAUUAACACAUGUAUUCUUAUACAGCUAUAUGCAUUGUUGUAUAUAUCUCUGUGUUGGUUACUUUAGGAAACCUUGAGCAUGUAUGUGUAUAAUAAUGCGUAUAAUAUAUGUGAGUUCUUCAUAUUUUUAGUGGAACUGAUAAAGUAACUCAUCAUCAAGAAUAAGCUUAGCAUCAGUGUUUUCAUAAAAUUGCUUCCCUAAUCUGAUAUUAUAGUUUGUCUACUCUUGAUGGCUUCCUUCAUAUAUUUGGAUUAGGUAGAUUCCUUAUGGAAACUGUACAGGGCAUUUAAAUAGAUGUAAACAAGUUGGAUUUAGAAUAAAUGUGAUUUAGUAAACAUUACUGGGUUUAUACAUAGAAUUAAGUUUCAUAACAUCCUAACUUGAACAGCUGCAGUCAAACAAAACUUUGCAUCAUUUAGCAGUAUUGCAACGUAAUUGUAAGGACUAUUAAGCCUAACCUAAUGCUGCUAAAUGUUCAUCAGCAGUCUGCAACUUCCAUUCUGUGCUGGUAAUCCCAGUAGUGUUUUACAAUUUGAGAAACCACAAAGCUACAUUAGAUGAGAAAUCACUAUUAAAUAAAACUCUUAAAUGGGUUCCUUGUGGCCAGACUAACAUUUCUUUAUUUGAAACGUUUGUCGAGUACUUUGAUGCGACAUACCUUCCCUUUCAUUCAGAAAAGAGAUCUCUCUGACUCAGCUCAUUGGCAAGGACCAGACUGUACAUUCCUUCUGAAAGAAUGGAUGCUGCUGGAAAUUGCUGGAUAAAUGUGUAUAUGAAUGGUAGAAAAGCAAAAGCAUUGUUCACUUUUGUUUUGCUAUGGGCACACACCAUGGCUUGAUUUUACAGUAAUCUGUACUGGUUAUGUUUUAUUGCAGAAGUUGGCUGUUUAAGCAAGUCUCUCAAUCCUGGUUGCAGGUGGCAACCAUCCUUUGAGUCUCUUUCUUAGACCCACAUUUUGGAUUAUUUGUAGUGGUGCACAGCAAAAUCUAUAUAGCCGCAGUUUCAAACACAGAUAAAACAAUUAUCUCAAGUGACAAUGUUUUUCUUAUGUAGAGAGCAAGUACUUGUAAGUUUCCAGCUUUUGUACGCACUUCCCUGGGAGGAAGCCCUAUUGAACUCAGUGGGACUUGCUUUUGUGUUGACAUGCAUAGGACUGCAUCAUAAGCCGUGUACCGGCUGCUCUUAAUUCUACAGUCUGUUCCCUUGCACAUUCAUGAAUCAGGGCUGCAAGCUUCGUUCAAUGGAUAGGCAGCAACUUGAAUCAGUUGGACUUGAGUUAAGAAUAUGCUCGUUAUUUCAAGGGCCAAUUUUUGUUAAUGUAGAGUAUGAGAGAAGGCCACUUCUAGUGGCCUUUCUAACAGACCAGUUUCCGGUAUCCUAAACAUGCAAAUCUAUUUAAAUAUAAUUGGCUAAAAGAAAAGUGUUAAUGAGCUAAGCAGCCCUAGCAUGAAUGUAUCAAGAAAUAUCAUACUUCACUAAUGGUGGUUGGAUUAUGAAUAGCGAUGAUGCGUUGCUAAGACUGGCGGCCAAUAGUAGCAUCGCCUUAAGGAAAAUGUGAAUUAUUGCAUGCCUUUCUCUUGGUGUACAAGUAGGACUCUUUUUACAUGGGGCAAGGCUGCUAUCAAACAAACUCAAUCAAGCACGGAUUUAAGUCUGUAAUUUUGAAUUGAGUAGCAUUUUCCUUUGAAGGCCAUAAUGUUUGUUUAAAGCCUCCCACUCAAGUGGCUGUUUUUUAUUUCCAAAUAUCAAAGUGUUCUGUUUGCUUUCCAGGUUUUUGAGCAUGAAGAAGAGAACAGAUGAAGCAGAGCAGAAUGGAGCAGGAUCUAUCACUCCCCAAAUCCUAGGAAUUUUAGUUCAUAAACACACUUGCCGGUGGUUGUGGGCAACCAUCUACUUGAUGUAAAGAACUUAAUUUCAGUAUAAACUGGCUCUGGGCAGCGCCGUUGAUGCUGCAGCUUUGAGUUGUAGCAGCUGUAAUUGUGAAUAUUUCUGAGAUAGUGAAACAUGGUGUCCAGUUUUCUAUUGCAUUUUUUCAAGUGGAAAAGUUUAACUGAAUGGUUGACACACAAGUGGUGGAAAGAAUUGUGCAUAUGCCAAUUUUUGUAACCUUUUUACUUUGAACUACACUGCUUAUGAGAUCUCAUUGUUUUGGAAGAAUGGCAUGAACAAGUCUUCAGGAACAGUUGUGGUAAAUUGUAAAUGCUCACAAUUGUGCACUCUUUCUGGGUAUUCCUCCCUGGUUUUGAAAGCUGUACACUUAAAACAUUCUUAAAAUUGCUGGUGUCUUGAGUGACAUAAGCCAGCUGACAAUGGUAGUAACCAAAGAUUCCAGUUUUUAAGCAUAUGAAAGACUCUGCCUGCUUACCUGUGCUAGAAGUAACAGCAUCUAAAGUGAAGACUUAAGAGAAACUUAGCGACUACUAGAUUAUCUUUAGGACUCUGCAUUAACUCUAUAAUGUUCUUGGUAUAAAAGGAGAAACAGCAUAUUUGUCACAAAUUUAGUUAACAUCUUACAACUGAAACUUGUAUGUAAGUUGUUUAGAUAAAUGUAAUCACUGUAAACAUCUAUAUGAACGAAUUUUGUUUUUAUUUUGGAAACGGGAGCUUUUUUGUUUACAAGUUCAUUAAAAACUAAACUGUUUCUGUAAGGAAAUGAGGUUUUUUUUUAAUUUGCCUUGAUAAUUUGCAAUCUAAAUUAGACACCACCCUUUUUUAAAAUGGGCAACUACAAAGCCAUUUGUUAAAGCAAAAGUCCUAUUUCUUAAUCAUUUUAGAUCUAGUGUUGUAACUCUUCCUCACUUUUGUUUUUCAAUAAAUUUUGUAUUUUUUUUCUGGAUGGGGAGGGGCGCUCUUGCAUUUUUAUAAUCUGUUGCAUCGAUACCCAGCCCACUGUAACAAGAGACUGGAUAAAAAUAAAGGCAUCUUUUCAGACCCAUCACAGCAGCUCACAAGCCUUGCCAUUGUCUUGCAUUGGCUGGACUAAUUUGCAAAAGUAGCUUUGAAGAUUUUAAAUGGAAGUGUGUGGAGGAUUUUAAAAGAAGGAAUUUUCUUUUCAAGUUCUUGUGAAGUGGAUAUGACCAGAUUUACUCUUGUUCUCAGGCAGCAUCUCGGUGUGCGGUGUUCACAUGGGUUACUGCCUUAGGCUAUCCUCACUCUAAUCCAGCUAAAAGAUACUCUUACUGCUGGUGAUUCGUCUAACAGUGUAACUUAUUCCUUUAUAGCAUGUCAGAAUAAAUUUUAAAAGUUGUCUGAAAAUUCUGCCAGAUGCCUAUUGUGUACAUGGUUUUUAUGACUUUCGGACCUGUAACGUGUUUGGGUUGCAGUGCAUAUUAUGCGGGACACUGAAGCUCUUGAACAGUUGUUUUUCCACAAAUUGAAUUUUCAGGUAUUUUAUGGUCAUGUGAACAAGAACAUUUUCAAGAUGCAUAGUCUACUUUUAAGAACAAUUUGUGGAAUGUUAUGUACUGGUAUGGUACAUGCAGGUUAGCUCAGUUAAGUGAGUUGGGCAUUUUACCUUCGCUUUAAAAAAAUGCAGACUGAACAAAAGCUCCUUAAUUGCUCAAGAAUUGAGAAAUGAUUGAAAUGGGUUAUACUGCAGAGACCAUGGGUAAUGUAUGGCACGUCUAGCUGUUGUGAUGCAUUUUUCAGUCUCUCUAGGGAAUGAUAGGAAACUGGUAGAAUAGCAGAUAAAAGUUCAACUUGAAAAUCAGUUGACUUGUUUAGCUACAGCUAUCACCUGAUUGAAGAAAUCUUAGUCUGUUUGCAUAACUUUCACUGAAUAAAUUAGAACAAAUUUGUAUAUAAGUAGCAUUAACAUCAUCAUUUUUUAAGUUUACAUUCAGCCUUCAAUCUGAAGAUUUGCAAAGAGGUGCAUAGCAAUAUAUUAAAAUUCACAAACCAGUACAGGAACCAUAGAACAGAUAUCAAAACAAAAUAUCAAGAAAUAGAAAUUCUGACAAUCAAGCAGUAAUCCAAAUCCACAAGUCAGGACAAAUAAAUGUCGUACAUAAUGCCUAAUCUAGGGGACAGUGCCAUAUCUCUGGUGAGGCAGUUCACACCUGGAGUGCCACAACAGAAGACCUUGCAGGGCCUCUCCUGCAGAUCCUUCCAGCCAUCCUGUACUUUAAUAGUACUUGUGCCCUAAACCAAAAUCAGCACCUUAAAUUGGGCUGGUAGCAAACAGACAGACCAUGCUGGUCCUUAAGGAAUCACUGCUACAGGAUCCUGCUUCGCUGCAGUUUCUGGACUAUUUUCAAGGGCAGCACCACACAGAGAACACCACAGUACUCUAUUUGAGAGGAUGCAUGUAGUACUACUGUUGUUAAAAAGAACAGUAUCUAGGCAUAGGUGUUCCUUGGCACUUGCACCACCUGGGCCUCAAGGUAAUAUUGACCCCAAGACCCAUCUCUAAGCAAGGAUUGCAACUCCAUCCAGAACAGGCAAUCUUCCUCACUUCCCAAAUAGUCUUUCUAGGGUUUAGCUUCCGUUUAUUGGCCUUCAUCCAGCCCAUUGCCUCCAGGCAUCUGUCCAGCACCUGAAUCAGCCUCUUCUGAUUCAGAUGGAGGAUGAGGUUGUGUGUCAUUGGCCUGCUAAUGCCAUUUUACUUCCAAAUUUCCAGAUAACAGCUUCCAAGAGAUAGUAAAGAGCAUGGGGACAGACUUGUGCCCUGCCAGAUUCCACAGCAUAACUGCCAGGGGACAGAGCACGAGUCUCCCAGUGCUACUCUCGAAUAUUAGUUCUGCAGUUAAGAUGCACUAUAAUAUGGUGCCUCUGACUCGCAACCCACAGAGCUGAUUCAGGAGCAUACUAUGGUUAAUGGUAUCAAAUAGCCAUGGAGAAUAAGAGAACCAGGAGGAUUGCCCCUUUUCUGAUAAAGGUCAUGUGAGAUGACCAAGGCCAUUUCAGAGCUGUAAUAAUUUCUAAAGCCAGACUGAAAUGGGACAGAAGCUGGCAAGUCAGCACCCUCUCAAUCACUUGCCCUGAAAAGACAUUUGUGGCUAGGUAAUAAUAAUUUUAAUAUUUGUAUCCUGACCGAGGCUGGGCUCAGAGCAGAUGACAUCAUAAAAAACAAGCACAAAAACAGACAUCAAUUAAUUAAAAUACAUCUUAAAAUAUUAAUAAAUUUUUAUUUGAUAAUAAAUUUUUAUUUGCAGUUACCCAAUACCUCCAGCUCCAAGGAGGAUCUCUUGAGAAGAGGCCUCACCACUGCCUUUUUGAGGACUGAGUAUGGCCUUCCUAAGUGAAUCAUUAACUGCUUCCUGGACCUCAAUAAGGCCCUCCCUGCUAGCUUUUAUUUGCUAUGUUGGACAAGGGUAGAGGUGGUAGGCUUGGACACGUAUCAGCACCUUGCCCUUGGGCCACAACAACUGAAACAGACCCUAAAAUCCCUGCGAGCAUCUGCCAGACUAGCUUUCUACCAGAGCAGUCCUUUUUCUAAAGGAACAACUUUUUAAAAAGAUGCCUCUUCUAAAAUUGUUCAAACAGGCACCCCUCGUAAUCAUAAUCUUUGUGUCAAAAGGAUGAAUGCAUCUUUUAAGAUUGCGCCUAUUGUCAACACUGUGAGAAAAAGUUUACAUAAAAUGGGCAAUUAAUUGUGGGCAUCCUUUAGGUCAGUUGGCUAAAUGUUGCAACCCUGCUUUGAACCACGAAUUCUGAACAAUGAAGUGUGCAGAUAAAACUGUUCACUAAGCUAAUGCUGGUGCCUUAAUUGCUAUCUAAUAAAGGCCAAGAAGUGCAGAAUGUUGAAUUAAACUUUCAAAAUCUAGGCUAUGAAUUUUUAACGGGUUGUGUUGCCACAUUGUUACAGGAAUCUACCGGUAACAAGAAAUUAUUUAGCAACAUGGCAGGUCUUUUCAGGCUCCCCCUCCUCCAUUUACUUAUUUAUUUUUAAACAACUGCAACAAACAUAUAAAGGUCUUUUCAAGCUACCUUUUAACACAGAUGGAGCAGCAAGACUAGAGGUUCCCCAAGCACUUGCCUUACAAUAAAAUAUUAAAAGUGUGCUAGAAGCUGCUCUUGAUACAUACUAAGAAAAUAAUUCCUUAACAAUUCACAUCAAGACCAUAUAGUUAACAAUCACCUUUUCUUUACAGCCUUUGUAUCCGCAGUGGUCUGAAUUGCAGUUUGGUGGUCGUGUUGGAACUGGGCUUUUCUUAGCAUUGAUAAUGAGAUUCUGUUGGAGUCUUCAGGAAUUUUGAGUUGAGUUCAACUUUUCUUUCAAAUGUUUCUGGGCUACUAAGUGAAUAGAGAUUGCUGAAAACCCGUCAACUAACUUUAUUCUAGGAUUGGUUCCACUGCUGGGUAUUAAACUAGCUUUGUACUGAAGUAGUAUUGUUCAGAGGUUCUAUACUCUCCAUGUCAUCCUGUUUUUAAGUAAACACUGUUUAAAACUUUCCUAAAUGUGUAUGUUGCAUAUGUUCUGAAGUGACACGGAGCUCUUGCAGCAAGAAGUUUUCACAUGCCUGUCUUGGAGGAAAUCAUCUGAAAGCGAAAGUUCGUUGCUCUGGUUGUGCAGAUGCCUCCAUAAGCACUCAAGGCCAAGUCUUCCAUUUUUUGUGUGUGCGUCCUCUUCUUAAUUUGCCAUUAAUUCUCUUCAUUUUAUACUGCUGUGCAGGAGUUAUUUUUUCUAUUUGUUUAAUGGGUCUACUCUUGUAACCUAUGUCUGCGUUUGAGCAGAUUCAUCAGCCCUUUAGGAUUUUUUUUUUCAGAUUAAAAAAAUACUAAAUAGAGGAGAAUCUUUGCAAGAAUUUACAAGUGCCUCAGAAUGGGGCACGACAUGUUAAAGUAGUUGAAGUUCAAUUUGAAUUCUUGAUUGCCCUGAGAUGCACUGUUCUGCCAGUAAAAGGGCAAGAGCAGAGUGUUAGAAUUCUAGACUUGGUUAAUCAAACCUUUUGGAAAUAUAGAAAUCUUUUUAUUUUUCCCGAUAUACAUUAACAAGCUCUCUUUUCUGAAUUAAAUCAUCCUUUAAAAAUAUGCUGCUCUUUAAAUAAAACAACAACAACACCUUGAC